GACAUGCCGGUUGGUGAUAUCCGAGCGGGGACGAUGACGAACUAAGAAAGAAAUACGAAUAUGUCGCGGACAACCCCACCCAGAAACAGUCCGACCCCGCCGCGAGUGGACAGCCCUGGCGGCGGCGGCGGCGGCGGCGGCGGCGGCGGAAGCGGUGGCGGCAGUCCGAGAACGCCACGUGGUGGCCGGCUGCGGGAUCGGGUGAGCUUCUUCGAACAGGUCUGGUCGGCCGGACGCGCCCCCAGCGCCGAGGAUCUUCUGGAAGACGCGAACGCGCGCCGAUUGUCCUUCCGGUCGCCCGCGCACCAUCGUCGUUCGUCCUCCAGGGCGAGCGACUCCUCGUUCGAGGAGAGUUUCGAGCGACUGGUGGAGGAGGGCGAGCUGAACGGCGCCAAGGUAGUCAAGUUCGAGAAGAUCACCGUGAGAAAGAGCGUGCGGGAGAUGAGGUUCAGCAGCAACGACACCGUGAUCGUUCAGCAACGUGCCUUGACGGAGUCCAGCAGGACCCCGAGCGAGGAGCACGCCCUCGAGGACUCGGCUUAUCAGAGCCACAGUCACGGCGUGCACAGCCACGGCAGCAAGUCCAGCUCGGUCACGUCCUUCACGAGGUUUCCCUCGGAGGAGAGCCUGUCGCAUAGGAGAUCCAGUAGUCCUCGGGCCCAGCAGCUGGGCCCGGACGAUCGGCCGCCCUCGGAGUGGUACGCCGAGUAUCGUAAUCAGAGCUUCCAGAAUGUCGCGGCGAAGAUCGACUACGUGCGCAGCAGGAGCGAGUACGACGCGCACAUCGCCGAGAUCAAAGACGAGCAAGAACGCGUACAGAAGAAAACCUUCAUAAAUUGGAUCAACUCUCAUUUAUCGAAGAGAGUUCCACCGCUUCGUGUCGACGACUUGAUCGAAGAUCUGAAAGACGGCACGCGCCUUCUCGCCUUACUUGAAGUUCUUUCAGGAGAAAAAUUGCCCGUGGAGAGAGGUCGUAAUUUAAAGAGACCGCAUUUCCUCAGUAAUGCCAAUACCGCGUUACAGUUUUUACAAAGCAAAAAAAUCAAAUUAGUGAAUAUAAAUUCGUCCGAUUUGGUCGACGGACGACCGCCGGUAGUGUUGGGCCUGAUAUGGACUAUCAUCCUGUACUUCCAGAUCGAGGAGAAUACGAGAGCUCUCGAGUACCUUGGACACACCUGGGGCAGCCAGAGCAGCCUCGAAAGCCUCGGCACUCAGGGCUCGGCGGCGAGCGAGAGGAAACGCAUCAGCAGCGAAAGAUGGAAGCAAAGUGCAAGGAAAACCUUGCUGCAAUGGGUCACCAAUGCCUUGCCCAAGAACGUUGGUAUCCAAGUGCGAGACUUCGGAGAAAGUUGGAGAGACGGAAAUGCCUUCUUAGCUAUAAUCGAUGCUAUAAGAGCCAAUUUGGUGAACAUAGCAGCCAUGAGAGAAGCGUCGAACAAAGCCCGGCUGGAGACAGCCUUCCAGGUUGCCGAGAUCGAACUGGGUAUCGCGCGUCUGUUGGAUCCCGAGGAUGUGGACGUGCCGCAGCCGGAUGAGAAAUCGAUCAUGACAUAUGUCGCCCAAUUCUUGCACAAAUAUCCCGAGCCAGGAAACACGGGUCCUGAUUCCUUUGCGGCCAUACAAGAGGAAUACGACGGCCUUCUUAACUGGCUGAACGAAAGAGUCAGGCAUUUAGAACAGCUUGACAGAACCAAUGCCUUCCCACGAAGCUAUCCGGAAUAUAUGCUGUUUAGAGCGGAAACAGAUGAAAAAUCAAUUAUAUACAAAAAAAUGCAAAGUUUGGUCGAUACACCCAGCAUGAUAAGUAUCACACGGGAUUCCUGGAGACAUAUACAAAUGUUAUGGCAGCAAAUGGAGCUCUUAAUGCUGCAUUGGCUCUGGUUAUUGGAUUCGGCAUUGCCAGGCGAAUUAGGCGAAGCUGGCAGAUGGCUGGCGAGAGCCGAAGCUCUCUUGCACUCGGACAACGAUAUACCGGCGGAAAUGACGGAGGGUACCGCGAAUAUAAUUUCGAACAAAUUAGAAGACCACAAGAAGUUCUUCCUCGACUUGUCAGCCAUGACGGAAAAGUUUCAGCACGCCAAGAAUUCGCCGUUGGCGCGGCAAGUUCAGCCUGAACAAUUGGAGAACAUGUCCGCGCGCUUCGACAGCUUACCCGAUCGCGCGGCUAAGAGGAGGAUAAAGUUGAAGUUCCUAGAGCACAAAUGCUGCCUGAUCGCUUUCCUGUACCUCGUCGAGACCAAGUUGAAAAGCUGGAACGUCAAAUACGGCACGGAGGAGAAAGUGCAUCAGAUGCUGGAGCAGUAUCGCAAUUUUGUUUCCCGAAAUAGAAUAUUCCAAGAGUUUCAAAAGGCUUAUUUGGAUAUGCAGAAUGUCGCUGACGAGUACAAGCGCGACGGCGACAUUGAUCGGGAAGAAAGCUUCAACAUCGACCGCUUCUUGCGCGAAACCGCCGACAAGUGGAAGAACGUGUCAAUGGACUUGCGCUGCGUCCAGAGCAUGCUCGAGGAAGUCGUCGCUUAUUGGCGUCGCUGGACCAUCGUCUCGGACGAGUUCGAGGCGUGGUUACUUCGCGCCGAGCCCGCUCUAAGUCUGCCGGAGGACGAGAGAAUGGAGUUCUUCCAGGACAUCAGCGUGUGGAAGGACAAGCAUCAGCAACUGUCGGACACUGUGAGCUUCCUGAUCGCCACGUCCGACGAGUCGGUCGCGUAUCGCCUGAAGGAGCGCUACGCGAACCUGACGGCGAGAUGGGAGCAGCUCUUCCAGGAGGCCAAGCAGUACAUGCACGCGGGCGAUCUUAUUCGAACGCGGAAGGAUUACAAAGCAGGAGUGGAGACUCUGCAGAAAUGGCUGAGAAACUCCGAGGCGGCCUUGUCAACCACCGGACUGAGCUCGACGGAGCGAAUCAAGGCUUACGGCGAGAAACUGCAGGCUCACAACGAGGUCGAGGGCAUCGAGGACCUCUUCAAGAACAUCAGCAAAAAAUUCCAAACACUUAUCCAGGAUUUGUCCCGCGACGAAGUCGACAGGAUGAUGAACACGCUGAAGAAGGAAAAGGAGGCGCUCGUCAAGGUGCGCGCUUUGAUACCCAUGCAACUGCACUUGUACCACCAACUAUUAGUGCAACAGGAAUCUCUGGAAGCGGGGCAAAAAGAGAUAUCCGCGUGGCUGGACGAGGCUGAAAAUUUUCUGGCCAGCAUCAACCUCGCGGGCGGCAGAGACGCCGCGCUAGCGCAGUUGGAUCGCCACAAGGCCUUCUUCUCGAGAACGCUUUAUUACAAAUCCAUGUUGGAAUCUAAGAACAAGGUGUUCGCCAGUAUUGUCAAGGCUGUGGACAGUCACGCCGACGUGGAGACGGCCGAGGGUGGCGCUACCCUGCGAGAGCUGAACAAUCGAUUCGCCAGAGUCUCUCAGGCGGCGCAAGUCUGGGAACAGCGUUUGCAGGAGUCCGUGCGACGCUGGACGAAGUUCAAGGAGUGCGAACGACAGAUCUCCGAGUGGCUCUCGGUCGCGGAGACGAUGAUCAACGACAAGCACAUCGACAAUCGCCAAUCCGUCGAGCAUCACAAGAACUUCUUCGGCAAGAUCAACGAGAAAUGGAUACAGGACCUGGUGAAGGCCGGCCAGGAUCUCCGAAACGUGUUGCCGGCUGAUCAGCAGCUGCCCAUCGCGAGCACGGUGGAGGCCCUACAGAAUCGCUGGCGGGAAGUUCUCACGUUCGCGCCGCUCCAUCUCAUGAGACUCGAGUUUCGCUUGGACGAAGCCAGCUUCCUUCAGUAUCUCAAGGAAAUCGAGAUGGAGAUCAGUUCCGAACAGCAGGCGCUCAUCAACAACGACGACGUGGACGGCAUUCAGCAGCGCAACCGGGAGUUCUUCGUGAAUCGCGGCACCGUGCUCGAGGUCGAGCGCUGCUUGCAGACCCUGAAGAAGAUCAGCGACGCCUACAGCAAGCACAAGCCGAGGGACACCACUCUGGCCGACGCCGCGCAGAAUGCGGAGCGCAUGUGGGAGGAGACCGCGCAGAAGGUGGAAAAUCUGAGAGAGCAGUUGCGCGAAGUUCCACAGCAAUGGGCGGCUUACAGACAGAAAUUCGAUGAGAUGGUGCACUGGAUGGACCACGUCGACAGCACUUUGAGAACGAUCUUACGCGAGGUGAACACUCUGGAAGAAUUCGAAAAGGAAAAGGCUAUAUUCCAGAAAAUCUGCCGCGAGGCCGACAGCAAGCGCGAAGAGAUGAAGUGGCUGGUUCAAACUCUCGACAAUCUAACGUUGAAUCGUUCAGAUCGCGAGGCGCUUACGGCGCAGCAGAAUUUGGAGCACCUAAUAACUCGCUAUAAGAAUCUAAUACCGACAAUCGAGAUCACAAUGACGAAAACGGACAUCUACUCGAAGAGUUACACCUAUCGAAAGGAGGUGCGCGAAGUGUGUACUUUGUUGCGCAAGGUUCGCGAACAGUCGAAGGUCGAGGUCACGCCUGAAGUACCCGAAAAGCUGCAAAGCGCAGUGGCUCAUCAGGAAUCGCGCCUCAAUCAGUUGGAGCAACAGCGAGCGACCAUUGUCAGUAUGUUGCAACGCGGCAAGGAUCUGCUGAAGGAUCAGCACGCGCCGCCUUUCGUCUCUUCCGAGGUCCAGCAGCUAGAGUCCAACUGGAACGACACAUACGGCCAAAGCAUGGAGACGCUGAAGUCUCUGAAGGACUCGCAGAAGCUCUGGAGCACCUAUCACGAGCAGAGGGACGAAAUCUUGAGAUUGAUCGAGCAAGCGGAACAAGAACUGCGGCAAAUAGAAUCGACAUCUUAUUACGACGCCGGUCAGGUGACUUCCGAUCUGCAGAAGAAACAAGAGUUCAAUGCGAAUCUGAGGAAAUCGGCCGAGGAGAUGAUGAGGAAACUGCGCGAAACGUACACUAAUCUCGCGCAGACGCUCACACCGCCGAGUAAAAAAGACAGUCUGGAGAAGGAAGUGACGGAAACCGAGAAGAAACUGGAACACACGCUGAAAACCGUGCGAGAGAAGGUCGUUUAUCUUCAAGAGCACAGUACUCGAUGGAACAAAUUUCAAUCGAAGUUUAUAGAACUCCGAUCCUGGAUUCAACAGGCCGCGCCUCAAUCGAUCGCGGAUAUCGAAGAUUCCGCGGCCUCGCCUGAGGAAAGAGUUCGUAAAACGGAGAAUCUGCAGAAGGAAAUAAAAGAGAAGGCAUCGAUUCUAAACAUUCUAGAGGACGAGUCUCGAAAACUCGUAAAACUAGACAGUGAUGACGCUCCGGCGAAACAACUCCGCGCCGACUUUGAAAAUCUUCACAAGGCAGUCGAAUUGUUGAAUAAAAGUAUAGUAACGCAGCGCGAAUUAGCCACGAAAAAUCUUGCCACGUGGAAAGAGUACGAAGAGGGCAUUCAGAAGAUAAAACCUUGGAUCGAGCAAGCCGAAUCUAAGGCCGCUACGAUGGGCAGCAAGCCCACGACUCUGGCGCAAGCGACGCAAAUGUUAGAAUCGGCCAAAGCGUUCGAAAUUCAGUGCCAGCAGCAUCUUCCGAAAGUUCAGACUCUGUCGACGAUCAGCCAGCAAAUAGCCGGAAGAACAGUGGCGCCCGACGAAGUCGACGCGGUGUACACGCGAUGGAACGCGGUUCACGACGUGGCGGUGCAAACGACGACCAAGCUGGACAAACUCGUCUUGUCGUGGAACACCUUCGAGUCGGAAGCGAAAGAGUUUAACGAGUGGCUGCAGAACAGCGAGCGGGAAGCUCUGAAGGAACCAAACGUUCAAACGCCCGAAGCCGCCAAGCUGGAGAAGGAAUUGGCGCGGUUGAAGGAGUUCAACAAGAGCAUAUCGAAUCACCAGGCGCAAUUGAUAUCGCUCACUCAAGUGAGCGAUCACAUCAGCCACGGUCUGUCGCUGGAGGGCGCCUCCGCGUUGAAGGGCCGCGUCGCCGAGAUGAAGGCCAGAGUGAGCAAACUCGCGGACACGGUUCGCCAUCACAUCAAUCGCGUCUCCGAUUCUCUACUGGCGCGGCAAGAAUUCCAGAUAAAGAUCACCGACUUCGAGAACUGGAUGACGAGGCUGAGGUCCAACAUCAACGAGAUCGGCGACGUGGGCGUGGAUAACGUGGACGCAAAUCUGCAAGCGGUGCACGCUUACCUGCAGGAACAUUCGGAGAAGCAACCGACGUUCGCUGCAAUCUACGACGAAGUGAAACAACUGUCGUCGCGAGGUUCCGUGCCGGAGGUCGCGGCGUUAGACGAGACUUAUACGUCCUUGGCGAAGAAAUACAAGGCGCUCGAGGAUGACUUGAGAGAGAAGAAGAAGGGCCUGGAGAAGUGGAUCGAACUCUUGAGCUGGCACAAUGACGCCAAUGCGCAGCUGAGUCACUACAAGUACGAAACCGAGGCUAGAAAGCCGACUAUCGCAGAUCUUAACAGACUCUCCUCGGACCUCGAGGCUGUGUACGCGAAGAUCAACACCUGGAAGGAACAUGUGCCGUUGAUGGACAGCACUCUGGGAAUACAUGUUCGCGACAAGCAAGAGAGACCAGUUACCGCGACAACAUUGCUGAACGAUCUCGAAUCGAAAGCCGCGGUGCUGAAGACAGAAUUAUCCGCCAAGCGCGAUAAAUUGGAGAAUCUCGGCGCAAAGUGGGACAACUUCAGGAAGCUGCAGCAGAAAAUCACGGAGGAAAUCGUCAACACUCAAACGUGCCUGCAAGACAUCACGUACGCCGUCGACACCUGCGAGAAGCUCGCGCCUGCGAUUGAAAAGAUCGACGAUCUGAUCGAGGACCAUCAGAGACGCGAGCCGGAAAAGGAAGUGCUUCAUCGGGAAGGUGAUAAUUUGAUGAAGGAGGAUCAGCGCGCGAUCACGAACAUUCAGGUGGUGGUUUCUUCGGUGGACGGCAACUGGGAGAAAGUGAACGAGCUUCUGCGCGAGCAGAGAAAGAAGUACGCCGAAAUGGAUGCCGAUUGGAAGCAAUACAAAGAAGCUCGGGAGAAACUGAACAAAUUUAUCGACGAGGCGAAGAGCCUCUGCCAGUCGGUUAGAGAUGUAUCGACCGAUAUUACCCAGGCGAACGUGGCUCUGGAGAAACAUAAAAGAGCCUCCGACAUCUUGAAGAAAGGCAAACAGUUUCUGGACAAGAUGGAUGCUAAAGCGCAGCAGUUGGCGAAGGAGGCGUCAUUAAUGCCGAAUUUCAAGACCAAUCUGAUCGAGUCGGAUCUGUCCGACGCGCGGAAAAAAUAUCAGAAAAUUUACGCCAAGGUAAUCGAUCGCACACAAAUGCACGAAACGCAGGUCAUUAUUUGGAAGCAGAUCGAGGAGGCGAAAUGUAAUCUGACAAGAUGGCUGAGCGACACGAACGAGGCGCUCACCGCGGCGUGCGAGCGUCUGCUCGACGCCGAGAACGGACAGGCGCGGUUGACCAGAUAUCGCGAGGAGUUGCCGGCGCAUCAGCAGCUCCGUCGAGGCAUCGCCACAAAAACCGAGCAACUCGUCAAGCUGAACGACGACACGGACAUACCGACUUUGAGAUCUCUCAAUAAUUUGUUGGACGAUCAGUUCAAGGUUGUCAAAGAAGCCGCGGACAAGCUUGCGUCGCUCACGUCAACUCUUAACGAGAAGGAGAAAGGCAUCAAGCAAGAAUUGAAAAAGUGCAGCGACGCGAUAUCGAAAGUCCGCGAGGAGAUAAUCAAAUGCGACGAUCUGACCGGCGAGAACACCAAGAUCCUGCACAGGAUUAACAAAUGUCAAGAGCUGAAGACCGAAUUGGAGAAGUGCGAUUACGCGCUUUCGGAAAUCGACGAGAAGUUGACGAACAUGGCGUCGGAGUAUCCAGCCAUCUCCAAGUCAAGCUUGCCGAAGGAGCUUCAGGCGUUGCAGCUUCGUCGAGACGGCGUGGCUAGCCACGCCGACAAAGUGAAUGCCACGUUAGUGGCCUUCUUGACGAAGCUCUACCACGAGAAGUUCGGCGCUCUGCAGCGCAUGGUAGCGACGCACAAGGAAAAGGUGGCUUGGUGCGAGCCCGAGCAAAGCAGCGAUCGUUACAAUCUCGAGGUGAAGAUGGCCUCGCUGGCCGACGUGGAAACCGGCAUCGCCGAUUGCGAGACGCGAAAGGUGGACACGGACAAUUCGCUGAAGCUUCUGGGCACCGUCGAGAGCGGUAAAACCACCGCCGCUCUCAAAAGCGAGCGCGACAAAGUCGCUGCCGACUUGGAGGCUCUAAAAAUCAGCUAUCGGAAAAUCAAGUCUGUGCUGGAGCAGAACAUCGCUCUGUGGCAGAGAUACGAGCUCACGUCGGAGAACGUGAUUUCCUGGCUGAAAGAAAACGAGAGCAAGAUCAGAGUGGAAGCCACGACGCUGCUGAAUCUGGACGAGAUCAACGCGAAGAUCGCCGAAAUGACGCAGCUCGAGAAGGAAGUCAAAAACUACGAAGGCGAGGUGAAGGACUUGAUGGCGCUCGGCGAGGAAAUUACGAAAGUCAGCCCGGAGUCGCGCGUGGCGCAGUAUGUGGGACACUUGAGCACGCGUUAUCAUUCGGUGCUCAAGUUCCUGGCGCAGCAUCUGAACAGGCUUGGAGAGCUGAAGCAGAUCAGAGGUCAGUACGCCGACAACGUGAAGGAACUGGAAUCGUGGCUGCAGAAGGCGGAGCAGAAACUGAGAGUAUACGACGAAAUCAGCGGCCCGAAGCCGAUUACUUUUUAUCAAUCCCGAUUAAAAGAAUUGAAGGCGUUCGCGGAGGAGCGCGAGAUCGGACAAGGCAUCCUGAAUCGCACGGCGGAAGCGGGCGAGACGCUAUUCGCGAGGAUAACGCCGGAUCACAGGGAACUGAUUAGAGGCGAAUUGAGAAACCUGCGCAGUCGCGUGGAGGCCCUGGCCGAUCGCGCAAACGUGAUCUACAAGAAGAUCGAGAGCGACAUGAUGCACCGAUCAUCGUUCGAGGACAAGUAUUCUCAGGUGAAGCAGUGGGUGAUCGAGGCGCGGAAGAAGCUGGGCGACAAACAGGAUCUGCUGCCGACGCUUCAGGAGAAGAAACUCGCCUUGCACCUGUACAAAGCCAUCGCGCAGGACGUCGGAGUUCACCGAAACAUCCUGCAGCAGCUUCAAGGCAGACUCGGCGCGAUGCCGGACGACGAGGCGAGCGAGAUGCUCAACAGCGUGAUCGAGGCGCACGAGAAGCUGUCGGAAGACGUGGAGAACAGAAUCAACGUGGCGGAGAAGCACGUCGCCAAUCACGAGGCUUACCUCCAGACGUUCGAGAAAACGCGCGACUGGAUCAACACGGUGGUGAACGAGACGGCGUCCGUCAGCGAGGAUCUCUCGAUAGACCGAGACGCGGCGAAGUCUAGAAUCGCCUUGAUCGAAAACGUGUUGCAGCAGAAGCCCGAGGGCGAUAGAGUUCUAGCCGACUGCAAUCAGCAAUUGAACAUCAUUCUGGAGCAAACCUCGAUAGCGGGCCAUCCCGCGUUGCUGAAGGGCUUCGAGCAGCAGGAGAAGAUUUGGGAGGACUUCCUCAAGCGAUGCAUCGCGAGUAGAGAAAAGCUGAACCGUUUGUUCGACCAAUGGUCCGAGUUCGAGAAGAUGGUCGAGCGCCUGGAGUCCUGGCUCAAGCAGAUCGAGGCGCAAGUGAAGGAUCAGAGCUUGAAAAGCACCGAGGAAACGAAACGCGCUCACUUGCAGAAGCUGAAAUCGCUCGAGGAAGCGAUCGUGGCGAAAGGCGCCGAGUUAAACGCGGCGGUCGAGAAGAGCCAAGGCAUAGAAGCGGAGUCCGAUCUGGCUACCAGAGUGUCGCGUCAAGCCACCAAGUAUCAAGCGAUUAGAAAUCAAGCGAAGGAGGCCGUGGCGCGCUACGAGCAGUACGUGAAAGAGCACAGUCUGUUCAACGAGAGAUACAAUCAAUUCCUGGAUUGGAUCACGGAAGUUCAAGGCGAGCUGAACAAGCACAGCGAGAUCGUCGGCGAUCUUGCGGUGCUGCAAAGCAGGCAGAAGCAUAUUCGAGACCUCGGCGACGUGAGGACACGCGAGAACGCGCGUUUCGAGUCCGUCAUCGAUCUCGGCGAGAAACUCUACGUGCACACGUCGCCGGACGGACGGGAGAUAAUUCGACAGCAGCUGCGAAACCUGCGUACUAUGUGGGACGGAUUCUCCGAGGAUCUGCAACACUCGACGCAGAAGUUGGAUCAGUGUCUGAUGCAGUUCGCCGAGUUCUCGCUGUCGCAGGAGCAACUGACCGCCUGGCUGCGAGACGUCGAGCGCGCGAUGCACCAACACACGGAGCUCAAGUCCUCGCUCGAGGAGAAACGCGCGCAGCUGCAAAAUCACAGGAUCAUGCAUCAAGAGAUCAUGUCGCAUCAGGCACUAGUCGAGUCGGUUUGCGACAAGGCGCAACAGUUGGUCGAUCAAACCAAGGACACUUCUCUAAACGUCUAUCUACAGUCCAUCAAGCAGCUCUUCCAGAACAUUGUCGCCAAGUCGCGAGAUUUGCUGGAGAAUUUAGAAGAUUGCUGCGACAAGCAUCAUCGCUUCAAUCUCCAAUGUAAAUGCUUCUCCGACUGGCUGAACGGAGAACGAGAGAAGCUGGCCGAGUGCAACGACGUGACGGGCGAACGAUCCGACAUCUCUCGCAGAUUGACGAGCCUGGCGGUGUUAAAGGACGGCCAGGCGCAGGGAGCGCAGCAUCUCGCGAAAUUGAAGGAGCUUAGCGAGGCGGUGGCUAAUAGCACCGCGCCGAAGGGUAGAGAAGUCAUCAAGAAGGAAGUGAUCGCCUUAGAAAGCAAUCUGCAUCAAUUCCUGAGCGAAAUCGUGUCCGUGGAGGAACGACUGAAAGCGGCGCUGGAGAGAUGGCAGAACUUUGAAAAUCAAUUGGAAGCUCACACGAAAUGGUUCCGUUCCAUGGAGGCGAUUUUCCGGGAUCAGCAACUUCAACCCACAUUAAAGGACAAAGAAGCGAGACUUCGCGCUGUUAAGGAGAAACGCGAGAUUAUCGCGCGGCAGGAACGAGAAAUAGACGAAUUUGUGGAUAAGUCUCACAGUUUACUGCACGCAAGUGGUAUCGAACGCAUCAAGCCGCUGAUUUCCCAAGUCAGCAACAGGUAUCAGCUGCUGCACGUGUUGAGUAAAGAAGUGAUAAACCGUUGCCAGAGUAUCGUGGAUGAUCAUCGCGCUUAUGAAGAGAAACUAAAAGCUAUCGACGUUUGGCUUACCCCUCUCGAGCAAAAUCUAGCAAUCUUGAAAAAGGAAGAGCUCGGUGGUGAUCUCGAAGCGAGGAAUUCGCGUUUGCAAGUCUUGCUAACCGAAAAAGAACAAGCUGAACAUCGCUUAGCCAGUUUGACAUCUCUCGGAGAGAGAAUUCUCCCCGACACUUCCGCUCAGGGGCGCGAAGUAAUUAGACACGAAUUGCGACACGCUCGCGAACGAUGGGAUCGUCUGGCCGAAGGCAUUACCGAACAGCAGAAGAAGCAAGACGCUCAAUCCUUACAAUGGACCAGCUAUCAAGAGACUCUACAACAAAUUCUGGCAUGGUUGAACACGAUGGAACGUGCGAUUAAGCAAGAUUCCUCGACUGUGUGGUCCUCCUUGCAAGAGAUAAGAUCGAAACUACUCAAACUAAAGACAUUGCAUCAAGAGAUCUUGGCUCACAAACGCAUCAUCGAGGGCAUUUCCGAGAAAGCCAACGCUCUGGUUCAAGUCACUCAAGUACCGUCGGACGUUCAGGAGAGGGUUGUUUCGGUAUCGAAGAGAUAUGAAAAUCUAGUAGACGCGUCGCAGAAGGGAAUAUCCAGCUUGGAAGCACUGCUCGACAUCUUCCAGCAGUUUCACGAUCUUCAGAAAGCUUAUCAAGAUUAUCAGAAACGUCAAUGGGAACGUUUGGCGAAUUACAGCGACUACACGGGGAAUAAAGCCGCUCUUCAGGCCAGAUUAGCCAAAGUUGUAGAAAUACAAGACAGCCAAAGCGAAGGCGAGAUAAAGCUGAACGUUCUCGGAGAACACGUGGCGCAAAGUGCGCGCACUCUGCCACCUCGAUCGCAGGAAUCUAUGGAAAGAGAUUUAGCCAAUCUCAGAUUCGAAUAUAAGAAAUUUGCCACAGCCGUAAACGACGUGGCGCGUUGCAUCGAGGAGAGAAUACAGCAGUGGAGCGAGUACGAAAAUUCGUUGGAACGUUUGCUCGCCUGGCUCACCGACGCCGAAACGUUGUUGAAAAAUUAUUGCCUGAAGAACACGCUCGAGGAGAAGCAGGAGCAGCUCGAAAGAUAUCAAUCACUCAUCGUGAACCUGCGGCAAAACGAGGCCGAUUUCGACAAAAUGAGCGACGAUUCGUCGGAACUGAUGCAGAUCAGCGGUGAGACCAGAUUUUCUGUCAGCGUUCAACAAGUCACGUCACGUUUCCAAUCGAUUCAAACAACCGCUAAAGAAUUAGUAAAGAAAUGCGAACAAGCGGUUGUGGAUCACGCCAGCUACUUAGAACGCUAUAAGCAAUGCUCCGAAUGGCUCGCAAACACGAGGGCGCGCUAUCAUUCCACCAGAGAGAAUGCCACUCGUCAAGAACUGAUCUCGAACGUGGACACGUUAAAAGAGCUCUUAGGUCGUCAGUCUUCGUCGACACUCUUGAUAAACAGCACCGUCGAGGCUGGAGAACGAUUAUAUCCGACGACCGGCACCGAAGGCCGAGAAAUUAUUCGUCAGCAACUGCUGGAUCUCCAGCAAGCCUUCGAAGAGCUUUACGACGGCGUCGCGCUGACCGAACGCGAGCUGCAGGCGAAGAUUUCGCGAUGGUCCGGCUUCGACGAGUGCAGCGAGGCCUUCGAGCGAUGGCUGAAGACCGUGGAAGCUCAAUUAAAACCGGAAAUCGAAUUGAAAACCACUCUGGAUGAAAAGCGCGCUCAGCUGCACAUCUACCGCAACAUCCUGCACGACGCUCAGACGCAUCAGCAGGAUCUGCUGGACCUUCGCGACAAGGCGGACAAUCUGCCCGAACGUACAAACAAAAUUGACCAGACACUGAACAGUUUGACGAACAGGUACAACGUGCUGCUGAAACGCGCGACCAAGUUCGUGGAGAAGUACGAGGGUAUAGUGAGCGAUCAUCAGCAGUACAGCAAGGCCGUCCUCGACACGCACGAGUGGUUGGACGCCACGCACAACGCCGUGAGUCUCUGGGGCGACGUGGAGCUGGAGAGAGUGUCGCUGCACACGAAUCUGGACCGUCUGAAGAAUCUGCUGAACAGCUUGCCGGAGGACGAGCCGCGGGUGCAGCAGAUCAGGUCGCUGGGCGAGAAGGUGAUACCCGGCACUCUCGAGUCGGGCCAGGUGAACAUCCGCGCGCAGAUCGACUCCUCGCAGCAGGAGUGGGAGGGCCUGAUCUCCGCCGUCAAGUCCACCAUCGAGGCGCUGGAGAACAAGCUUCAGCAGUGGAGCGAAUUCGAGACGUCGAAAGAGCGAUGUCUGGCGUGGAUGCGCGACACCGAUACAAUAUUGCACGCCGUCGAUCUCAAGUCCACUCUGGCGGAGAAGAAGAACCAGCUGGAGAAGCUGCGCGCUCUCCAAGGCGAGAUUCGCGCGAAAGAGCUGGAAAUCGACGCCGUCGCCGAACGAGCGCAGCAGCUUCACAAGAACGCCACAUCUCGCACUUCGCACAUGUCGGAGCUGAGUAUCAAGUACCAGCAGAUCUCCAGCAAGGUGAAGGAUCUUAACAACCGGUGGCAUCAGUACGUCGCCACGCAUCAGGACUUCGACAACCAAUUAGCCGAGUGCACCACAUGGCUGGAGGAUAUUAAAAAUAAACUGGCAUACUGCUGCGAUUUGAGCGCGACCUCGCAGAAAGAUCUGGAGCAGAAGAUGGACAUCGUGCAAGAUUUGUUGUUAUACAAGGAGGACGGAUUCGCGAAAGUUCAGAGUAUCGUCGAACUGGCGCAAGCUGUCCUGGCGAACACAGCUCCGGCCGGUCAUCAGACGAUCAACGACGCUUUGGCGAGGCUUCAGGAACAAUGGAGCGCCCUGGCGUCGAAGAUGCUGGAAACUAAGACGAAUUUGGACGACUCGAUAAACAAGUGGGCCGGCUUGCUGGAACAAAUUCAGUCUGUCAACAAGACAGUCGAGUACAUGCAGAUGUCGAUCGACGAAAUCUCGCAGUUCCAGACGACGAUGUCGGAGAAGAGAAAUCAGCUGGAGCGAAUCAAAACGCUCGAGGAGAAGGUUCGCUGCGAAAACAUCGAAGUCGACAGUCUGAAAUGCAAGGUCGCCGAGAUGAUCGCGAGCGGUCAGCAGGGACUGGCCGCCUCGCAAGCUCAAGACAUACUGAAUCGCUUCGACGAGCUUUUCGAAAAGAUCAAAUCCUUGCUGGCCGAACGGGAGGAGCAGUACAAGGAUCAUCGGCUUUACAAAGAAGCGCACGACGAUCUUAUCGGCUGGCUUAGCCGAGCGCGCGAAAAGAUACCGUCCAUGAAGCAACGAUCGCUCAGCGACAAGCUGGCGAUCGAGAACGCGGUGGUGCCGCUCGAGAGUUUGUUGAAUAAAAAGGCUCAGGGCGAACUGUUGGUGGAGCAUUUGCAGCAUACUGGAAAAGUCGUUUGCGCCAGCACGAGCCCCGCCGGACAGGAAGUCAUCAGAAAUGAAAUACGAGCGCUUACGGAAAGUUUCGAGGGCCUGUUCAAAGAAAUUCAACAGCAGAAGAAUCAACUGGAGGCUACCGUGAGCCAAUGGCGCGACUACAAGGAUGAAUACGAGAGGCUGAGCGAUUGGUUGCAGCAGUUCGACAUUCUCAUCAAGGCCCAGAAAAAUGCUCUUUUGCCGAAUCUGAAGGAGAAGGAGAAGCAAGUGCAGGAAGUGAAAGAGUUACUCGAUAAUCUGAUAAAAGGCCAAGAGCAGAUCGAUAAAUUCAACAAAACGGCUGCCGGCCUGCUCUCGUCUCACCUGGACACUUACGUCAACAACCAGCUGCGGCAUUUGAAUUCGCGCUAUCAGGUGCAGGUGAACCUCGCGAAGGACGUACUGAACAAGGUUGAGACUAAUCGGGCUCAGCAUCAGGAAUACGAGAGCAAUCUUGAAAAGGCUCGCGACUGGAUCAAGAACGCGAAACAAAUCAUACGGCAAGGAACAGAGGCGGCUUCGAGCAGCAGUCGCGAGGAGUUGCAGAGCCGACUCGAUAAGAUCCAGGAGUUGUUGAGGAAGCGCGAGGAGGGCCAGAAUCUGGUGCAUCUGACCGUGAACUGCGGCGAGAAGGUGAUGAGAAACACGCGAUCGGACGGCCGCGAGGAGAUCAACGCGCAAUUGAAGGAGAUUCAAAACGACUGGGAGCGCCUGGUGAAGAAGAUUUCGACCACAAAAGUGCAGCUUGAGACAAGCCUGUUGCAGUGGGCCGACUACAGCUCGUCGUAUUCUCAGCUGCAGCAGUGGAUCAACGAUCGCGAGGCCAAGCUGCAGCAGGUGUGCGAGCAGAAGGUCUCGAAAGCGCGAAAGGGUCUGGCCGGACUCAGCUCCUUGGCGAUCGGAGAAAGGAAGGCGAAUCUGCGGCAGACAAACAGCAUCGUCCAGGAUAUCGUAGCGUUCGAACCUAUGAUUCAUUCGGUCACCACGAAAGCCGAAGAUCUGCAGCAAGCGACGCCGGCCACGGAGAUCUCGAUCAAGUACGAGACUCUGAGCAAGCAGGCUCAAGAGUUGUACGCGAAGCAGAAGGAGACCGUCGAGCAGCAUCAGGCUUUCAUCGACAGCGGCAAUGAAUUUGUCCAGUGGAUACGAGCGGCUAAGGAGAGACUCGGGAAGUGCUCAGAGCCUACGGGAGACAAAGAGUCCCUGGCCAGCAAAAUUACGCAGCUCAAAGUUUUACAGAGCGAAUUGCCCGAAGGUCAAAAGAAAUUGGAGAAAGCUCUGGAACAAGGCAACGCUGCCUGUCAGAUCGCGGAUGCCGAGGAUAAAGAGAUAAUCGAGGAAGAAGUCGCACUGUUGCAGGAAGAAUACGAUAACUAUGUAGAAUCGUUAAAUAACACAAAGAGUUUACUAGAGAUUGGUAUAGUAAAGUGGACCGAAUAUGAGGAUCAAUUUUCCGAAGCUACAGAAUGGCUCACGCAAACUGAGCAGCUGGUUCAGACGUUUAACAAAUUACAAGACAGUCUGGAAGAGAAGAAGAACGUUCUAGAGCAAUUCCAAGUUCAUUUACAAACAUUGUUCGACUGGCAGAAGGAACUGGAUUGCUUGAACAUGAAAGCUCAGAUGCUGCUGGAGACAUGCGCCGACACGAGAAUUUCGAACGCCAUAACGCAACUGACUACCAAAUACAACACACUCCUGUCCCUUGCUAAAGAAAUUAUGCGGCGAUUGGAGUUGCAUUAUCAGGAGCAUCAGCAACACAAUACCUUAUAUCAAGAAUGUCAAGAUUGGAUCGAGCGUACGCGAGACAAACUGAACGAAUGCAAGGAGAUUCCUAGCACGCUGACCGAAGUUAACAAUAAAUUACACACAUGUAAAGCCAUUCGGCAGACAUUGGAACAAGGGCAGAACAAACUGCGUUACGCUUUGGAAUUAAAAGAGAAAGUUAUCAUGAACACCGAACAAAAUGGCGCGGCAAAGAUACAAGAGGACACCGAGAAUCUGAAGAGCGAAUUCGAUAAGUUGCUGGCCGACGUCGAAGAUGUCAGGCAGAGACUCUCGGCAAGAGCGGGCAUGUUGGAGGAGCUCAACAAGAUUCACCGACUUAUCUCAGAUUGGUUGGAGGAAGUGGAAGGCAAGGUUCAACCGGCAGACGUAUGUAGGAACGAUCUUAGCGAGAAACGCGCUCUGCUGGAAAAAUGUAAGGUUUUGCAAAGAGACAUUCACGGUCAUAGCGAGACGGUGGAUCGCUUAAAAACUCGCCUCAGUGAGAACCCCAGCAUAUCGACGAGUCCUUACGAAUCGACUAUCGACAAGUACGAAAGCUUAAAGAAGCUGAUUUCCGAAAAGAUUCGUAAUCUAGAAGAUCAAGUCAAGGAUCACGAAAGAUUCCAGCAGGCUCUGAACGAGGCAGGCGACUGGGUGCGUCGCACGAAAGUCGAGCUUCAGCAGUACAGCGACACGCACGGCGAAAAGGAGCGGAUCGUCGAGAGGGAAAAUAAAAUCAAUCAGAUCAUUUCGUCGUUGCCGAAGGGCGAUACGUUGAUUUCAAAGGUGAUCGAGUUGAGCGACGUCGUGAUCGCCAAGACCGGCCCCGAGGGUCAAGAUUCCAUCAAGCAGGACAUGAAACAGAUACAGGCCGACUGGAAGUCCCUGCAGGCUCAAUGCCACGAUUCGCAGCGCACGCUCGCCAAUUGCAUCUUGAGCUGGUCUCAAUUCACGAACGCGCUGGACGCCAUGAAGCGGUGGAUAGAUCACUUCCAGAAGAAGAUCGCGGACGAGCAGACGAAAGAGAACAAGACCCCGGAAGAUCUGGAGCGCUGCAAGCGUUUGGUGGAGGAGACGAUUAAGCAGAAGCCAGUUCUGGAAGAUUUGAACGACAAGUGCGAGGCUCUGUUGGAGAUCAGCGCUUGCAGCUGGGCGCGGGAUAAGACGGUGCAGCUACAGUCGGCGUACACGUCGCUUCUGACUGACGCGCAGGGUCUCGUGUCGAAAGUGGAGAAGAAUCUAGCGGACCACACUGAGUUCUUGAAAGCCAAGAAGGAGCUCGAGGAUUGGCUGCGCACAGCACACGGCUCGGUGGAAGACUGCGUCGGUGUGGGUGACGUAGCUUGGGCCAAGGAUAAAUUAGAAACUCUGCGACUGGUUGCGACGCGCGUGACGGAAGGUCAACAUUUGCUGUCGACGCUGCAGAACGCCUUCGCGAAGGCAAUCAACGUGGCUCUUCCAGAGCAGCAGGAUCAGUUGCGCUCGGACAUGGCGAAUCUACGUUCCAGUUGGGAACAGUUGAGCAUAGAUCUCAACACGGUUCAAGCCAAAGUGAAAUCAGUUCUGAGUCGCUGGGAGGAUCAUGCGGAGGCCUACGGCAGAUUUGCGAGAUGGUUGGAAGAAAACGAGAGCGUCGUCCGCGGUUCUCCGGACACGAAGGGCGAGCUCGGCGAGAUGAAAACAAUGCUCGAGCGGUACAGGCACAUUCAAGAAGAGGUGCGCGACCGGAAGUCCGACCUGGAUCAUUUGAUAGCGGAGGCGACGGAAUUAUCGGCGUGGGCGAAGAACAACGCGCCGUUGAACGAGACGAAGCAACUCCUGGACCGAUGGCAGGCGCUGGGCAAGCUCGUCGGCGAAAAGAGGAAGCUCGUGGAGAACGAAAUGCACGAGUACAGCGCGUAUCACGCCGCUCUGCAAGAGACGGAGAAGUGGCUGUUGCAGAUCUCCUUCCAGCUGAUGGCUCAUAAUUCUCUCUACAUCACGAACAAAGAGCAAACGCUCGAGCAGAUCAAGCAGCACGAAGCGCUGCUGGCUGAGAUUCAAAAGUAUCAGGAGGUGCUGGACGAACUGAAGGCGAAGGGCCACGGCCAGAUAAAUCGAUACGUCGGCGCGAAUCCCGCCAUUAAAUCGACAAUAGAGACGCAAUUGCAGAACGUUCAGGACAGCUACAAUUCGCUUCUGAACACCGCGCUGCAAAUUAAGAACAGACUGGCGGAAUCUUUGACCAAAUUCCAGGAGUACGAGAAUACUCUGGAGAGUAUCAUGAAGAAUCUGGACGCGUAUGAGACAGAAAUGGCGCAAGGACUGGACGUUCCGCUGGAUAAUCUGACGUACGCCGAGCAGAGCCUCGAGACUGCUCGCAUUCUGCACAACAAACUGCAAGGCGAGAAAGCUCGACUGGCUCUGGCCGUGGAAGCUUGCGAAGCCGCGGCGGCGUGCGUCUCCAGGCCUGGAAGUCCUCUCGACGCUCCGCCGAUUCAAGUUCCCGCGAGAGAAGUCGAAGUUAGAACGAGACUCGACGAUCUCAUCGAUCAGAUGCAAACGCACUUGGCGAACGUGACGAAGACGGUGGGCGAGCUCGAGGAACGAUCGCGGCAGAAGAAUGCGCUCCGCGCUUGGAUCAAUCAGCAACGUGCGCUCUGCGCCGAAUGGAAGUCGCGACCGGCGAAACUGAGAUCGGAGGCCGCCCAGGCCGAGCUGCAGGCGAUGAACGAGGUGCUCACCAACGUAGGCGAGCGUCGCGCUCGCGCAUUGACGGAACUGUCGAUGCACGAGGAGGACAACGACAUCGAAGAAGAACUGAACAAACUGGAGGCCGAGCUGACCGACGCUAUCGCCGGCAAGCAAGCGGCGCAGGAUCUCAUCCAGAAGUACAGAUCGCAAGUGCAAGAUAUACAAGCGUGGUUCGAUACUCUAUCGAAGAAGGUCGAUGUGAUCGAGAAGGGCAGCGGACUCACCAUCAGCCAGAAGAUCUCGAAUCUGAAGAACAUCACGGCCGAGUUCGAGUCUCAGGGACCGGAGAAGCUGGCCGAGAUCAAGAAACUGGGCGACCAGGUGAUGGAUUCGGUCAGCAAUUUGGACUCCCAACAGAUCGAGGAGCAAAUUAAAUCGGUGGAAAGACGGCACGCGGACAUUGGCAAGAAGCUGCAGAGAAAAGCUCAGGUACUGGACAUGACGGCGCAGGGCAUCGAAGCGACCAGGCGGGAGAUCGAGGAGAAUCGCGAGUGGAUCGAGCAAAGAAAGCAGCAGAUAAAAAUGCCCGAGCUGCUGGGCUUCGAGAGCAAACAGGCGGAAGAGAGACUUCUUUCUCUUAAGGCCAUGCUGAAAGAAGCGGACGGAAAGCAAUUGAUCAUAGACACGCUGGAGAAGAGAGUUGGAAAUAUGCAGAACGAAUUGGAGACUAGCGAGCAGCAGCAAUUGGAAGCUGACACGAAGGCGUUGCGCGGCGAGCAGGUUGAGUUGUGCACCCUCUUGAGGGAAGAAAUAUCCGUCGCGAGCGCGGCGGCUGACGCGCGUCGCAAAUUGGAGGCCGACAUCGAACGCGCCCGAAAUUGGAUACGAUCGAAAGGCAACGACUUGAAGAAGCUGAGCGGAUACUUGCCUUUGAAGGCUUCCAAGGUCGAGCAGGAUAUCGCGCAGCACAGCGGACUGAAAGCGGAUAUCAACUCCUUCAACGAGAGCAAUCUGAAAGAUAUUCUUAAACAAGGAAAUAAUUUACUCAAAGACUGCAACGCGGAAGGUCGAGCCAAACUGCAGGCCCUUCUCGAUGAUCUAGUCAAAGAUUACGAAGAGUUGAAGAAAGAAGCGAAAGAGAAGCAGGCCUCGCUGGCAGAUCUUCUUCAAGGGCGCAAGGCUUUCGAGAACGAAUUGGACAAGUGUCAACGAUGGAUUAAAGAAGCUGAAGUGGCCACCUCUACCGAACUGCGCCCUUCCAAUCUCGACAUUCUUCGGGAACAACUUGCUAAGUACGAUCGGUUGAAAAAAGAGGCGCAAGAGUAUGGCGACGACAUAGAAAAGAUAAACCAGCAAGGAAAAUCGAUCUUGCCGACCAUCAGCGACGCCGACAAGCAGGAGCUGAGCGAACAGUUGAGAAACAUGAAGGAAGCUCACGGACGAGUAGCCGGUGUAAUAAACGAGAGAGCGGUCGCGCUUCAAAAGAACAUAGACGAGGCUGAAGAAGCUGCCGCGCGAGUUGCAGAGGCGAUACAAUUCAUGACGGACAUACAGAAAGAGCUUCACGAUCUAAACAAGCCGAUCGGCGCCCGCGUGGAAGACGUGGAGGGAAUGUUAUCUGCUUACGAAAGGAUUCUCGACGACCUCAAGGCGAACAAGGCCAAAUUAUCUGACCUGCAAUCGGCUAAUGUGGGCAAUCUGCACGGCGUGCUAGCUCAACAGGAUGAUCUGAUAAGAGCUCUCGAGGCGCAGAUAGCGAAGCUUCGUCAACUGCUGCUACUGCGACAACAAUUUAUCGCUUUAAUCGCGGAGAUCACCACCUUUAUCGCCAAAUAUACCGAAAUCAUCAGAGAUAUUGAGAAAUCCGGGCAAACGACCGAGGAAAAAAUCAAAAGGUAUGACGACGCUAUACUGAAGAUUCAGGAAUGCGAGGCCACUCUCGCCAGCGCGACGGACAAGGGACAGCAAAUAGCGGCGGAAGGUUCGGUCGUGGACAGAAACAACAUAACGGAGCAACUGCAGUCGUUGAAACAGCAAUUGCAGGCCCUUCGCAGGGCGGUGGAGAUGCAGAGGGAGCAGCACGAGCUGGCCGCGGCCGAGCAUCGGAGGCUCGCCAGCGAACUGGCCGAAAUCCUCAACUGGCUCGAGAGCAAAGAGAAAGAAGUCAAGUCCAGACCGCUGCUGGAAAGAGAUCCCACCAGCGUCGAGGCGGAAUUGAAGAAACACCAUGAGCUCUGCGCCGGUGUGAACGAGCAUCUCGACAGGAUCAAGGAUCUGAAGGAAUCAGUGCGGCACGAGGAGGGAAUGCCGGGUUCCUUGAAAGAGAUGCUGAGCGAAGCUGUGUCCCUGCUGACGUCCUUGCCGCGAGAGAUGGAGGAGCGUGGAAAUUAUCUCGAGAGUAAUAUGCAGAUGAGGCUGGAUUACGCCGCCCUCACCGACAAGCUUCACAACUGGGCGCGCGAAGCGGAAAUACGGCUGGAGAGCAACAAGGAGGGUCUCGAUUUCGAAAAUAUUCUUAGCGAUUUGGAAGAGCACAAGAUAUACUUCAGCACUGAGCCAUCGAUACGCGAGCUCGUGUCGCAGCAGAUUCAACAAGCGGCUGAUAAAAUCUGGCCGUCCCUGGACAGUUACGAGCAGGAGGAGCUGAGCGCCCAGCAGCAGCAGCACACGCAGCUGCUUAAGAACACCCUCAAUACAGCCAAGUCGCAACGUUCGCGUUUGGAACAGGGUGCCGAGAUGUGGAGGGAUUACACGCAGAGCCUGGAACGUGUCCGCGCUGUUAUUAGCAGAACCCGAUUCACGGAUGAACCGGUCACCACACUAGCCGGCUUGCAGUUCAACAUUCAGAAGAUCACGCAUGCCCUCAACGAUAUUCAGAAUCAACAGUUCGAACUGGAUCUCUUGAACGAUCGCGGACGAGAGGUUCUCCGACUGGCGGACGCCAACAACAAGAAAACGAUAGAAUCGCAACUGUCCGAGAUCAGUUCGGAGUGGCGCGAGCUAGUUUCUGGUCUCGAAGGGCGUAGAGACGCGCUCGAGGCGCUUUCGCAACAUUGGGAAGAUUUAGAAGCGCAAUGGGCUAUCGUCGAAACGCGAUUGACGACGAUCGAGGAGAAAAACAAACUCGUCGACACGGUGGUGCGAUCGAAGCAACAUCUGCACGACGUCAUUAAAGCAUUAGAGGAAUCGGUGACGGAGGCCGAGAAGCUGAAACCUGUAACGGAGGAAAUAAAAAGCUUGGCAGGACCUGUGCUCUCAUAUCUCGCAGUGUUUACGGAAGCGCCGGCACGAAGUCUCAAGGAGCGGCUCGAGAAAUUGCAGAAAUCGGCUGAAUCACUCGUCGGCUCGCUUCGUGGCAAGUCCGAGAAGGCGAGCGAAGACUUGGAGACGCUCGAGAACGUCGAGCGUGAGAUCGAGCGGCUGCGGAAGCGGCUGAGCGAGGCGCGCGAAAGCGCCACGUGCUUCUACGUAUACGGCGUUGAUCAAGACGCGACCGAGGCCGAGCUGGGCGAGCUGCGCUCGCAAGUCGAGGACCUCGUCGACACCGCGAAGAAGUUCUCAGGAAGCAUUAAGGCGCGGUACCAAGCUAGCCAGCAGCUGGUACCGAGUGACAUCACCCAGCACCUGACCGCACUCGAGCUCUGCGCCGAGGCGACGGCACAGGCGAUGGAGGAGAAGCAGAGGGAGCAGAAGCGUGCCAGGACCACCAGGUCGGACUAUCUGGCCGACGUGGACGAGGUGCAGGCAUGGAUACGCCAGGCCGAGCUGAAGGUGCAGGACAGAUCGGUGGAGCCGGCCGUCCUCAGGGAGCACCUCAGGCAGAUACAGAACGAGCUGGGCACGAUUAGCGACAAGCUCGAACGACUGACGAAAAACGGGCAAACCAUCGUCAAGAACACGAGAGACGACGCUGAGAAGGAGCUGAUUAACAGCACGAUCGCCAAUCUCACAGAGCAACUGGCGCAGGUGAGGAGCUGGUUGGAGGAGAAGCGACAGAUCGUGGGUGACACUCUGGACGCCUGGCAGAGGUUCCUCACGCUUUACGAAGCCGUCAAGGCGUGGACGGCCGAGAAGAGACAGUUCCUAGUCGAGCCGCUGAAGCUCAGCACGCUCGCGCAAGCCCGACAAAGACUGCACGAAUACUCGACCGCGGUCAAGAGCUGCAAGCAGGUGAACAAAAAUCUCAGCGACAUGGGCAGAGAAUUGGAGAACAUCGGCCAGGUGACCAGCGUGGGCAAUUUGCCGGAAAAGCUGGCCGAGGCGGAAGAGGGCAAAGUUCAGGUCGAGGGUCAGCUGUUGGAGAGGAACGCGCUGCUGCAAGAGGCCAGUGAAGAAUGGGAGCAGUGCGAGAGGAAGAUGAAGGACGUGCGCGGCUGGAUGGAGAAGGCCAGGCAGACGCUGGAGUCGCCGCAGAACAAGAAGAAGCCGUUGCGCGAUCAGCACGCGAUUCGCGAGAAGAUGCUCAGCGACAUUGCGAUCCAAAAGACGAAAAUUACGAUCUCGGUGGAGAAGCUCGAGGUGCACUUCAGAUCCGGCAUCGGCGGCGACAAUCGGGUCAAGGACACCGCCGACGACCUGAUCGCCGAGCUUAGCGCCCUUCACAGCACCGUCAAGGAGCAAGCGAGUUCUCUGGAAGUCUGUCUAGCGCAGAUCGAUCAGUAUCAGCAGGAAAUUCAACAGUUGAGGCAGCAUAUCGUGCAGGUGGAGCAGCAGCUCAGGACGGUGCUCAGCCCGACGUACAUGCCGAACGAUCGGGAGAAGGCUCUUCAAGAGCAGCAGAGCCUGCAGCAACGGACGGAGGGUUGGAAGCAGCGCAGCAAGAUGCUGGCGGAUCAGAUACACGCGGUGGAUCCGUACUACGUACCCGCCAGCGAGUGCCGGUUCAUCGGUCAAGCCUCGUACGCCGAUAUCGCAGCGGGGCGCACAAAUAGUCCGAACUCGAGAAGCUGCAGCCCGUACAGGCAGCAGCGGGACGCCACCCCUCCCACGCCGGCUACGCAAUUGUUACGUCCUACGGCUAUACGGGCUCAGAAGUUGACCGCCGUGGAGUGUCCGCCGUCGCACGAGGCGCAAGUCUCGAAGACGCGGGCGCAGGAGAGCGACGCGAGUCUGAGCAAACCGCCGCAAACGGUGGCGCACGUGCGCACGGUGGACGAUCAGGGCGCGAUCGGCGCGAAAGAGAGGCAGCCGGACGCAUCCGAAGUCGUCGUCGUCGUCGUCGGGUCGCCGACGGCUCGUCGCGGAAGAUCGCCUACGCGCAAGACAAAUUUGCCCAGAGCGAAAGAUCCGCAAGCGUCGAGUCAAAGGGAGGAACGUGAAAGGUACGAUGAUUCUCGACCCAGGCGGGAAGUGCGAGCGGAGGCCGCGAGGAAUACGCUGGCACCGCGCGAAGAGCGAAGAGGCCGUUCGCCCAGUCCCAUGUGGGUCCCCGGCUCCACCUCUUACGCCGACAUUCUUCGGGGAUGUGCACAGACGACGCAGGUGAACGUCGCUCCCGCCGCGGAGCCGCCUAGGCAAGAGAUGGUCCCUCUGUCCGCGGAGUCUCGACGCGGUCAGGCUCCACGCGCGGAACAGGUCGCCGUGGAGGUCGCCGAGGACGAGGCUCGAGUCACCGAGAUUCAGCAGAUCGCGCCGACGCAGGAGACGCGGGUGAAGAGCGUGCAGAUCGCGGAGGCUUACUGCCAACCGUCUGAGGUCGCCGAUGAGAAAGCGGAAGAGCAGAGCUACGUCGAGUCGACUAAUUGGGCUGACGAGCCCUUGGAGGAGUACGACGUGCUGCACGUCGAACCUUACGAGAACGUGCCGGGGCAGCCGCAGCCGGCGGAGAUCUACGACUACAUGAUAGCGGAACCGAUGCCAGAACUAGUGGGCUUUAUCGGAUCGCAACUCGGCACGUAUCCGGUCAGCUCGUACGUUUACGCGCCGCCAGGCCAUCAUCAGCAGGUGCAACAGAUCGAGGCGAUGAGCCUGCAUCCGUACAACAACGGCGCGCUGGCUUACACGCCGGAGCACUACGUCGCGCAGACCGCGUAUCUUUCAGCGCCGGAUCUUUAUCAGCAGACCGCGAUGCAGCAGCAGCAGCAAUGUCCUACGAGCGAUGUGAGACACGCGACUUCGAUGCUGGUGGAGAAACCGGUUGAGGUAACCAGACAGCCGGAAGUUCCGAAAGACGCGAUCGUGACUAAAACCAUUGAGCAAGCGCCCGAACAGGAAGAGUCUGCAAAUAUUGCGAAUGUAGAAGCGACAAGUAAAACGGAAGGCAAGGAUGCGUCGGUGUCGAGCAAUGUCGAAACCAAAGGCCAAACCUUCUCGUACGCACAAAUACUUUCGCAGGGACUCAGCCAGCGCGUUACGCCGACGAACAUCGCCAAUAAGUCGUCAGCCGCGAAUAAUCAGGGCAAAGAAAGAUCUUAUUCGCCAAAGGAUUCUCUGUCGUCUCGCGAGUUGUCGCCGUUGCAAGAAUCGAAAUCCGACCAAGACUCGCAAGUGUCGAUCGCGAAAUCUGAGCAAUUUAAACAGCCUAAGGUAAAUGACUGGGAUACGAUGAAAAAACGGGAGGUCAAAAAAAGACAGCAGCAAUCAAAUGACAAACCCAAAACGACAGAUGAGAAGAAACCUCGAAAACCUGUCGAUAAACCGAAGGUCGAUAAACCUGUCGAGAAACAGAUAAAGGAAAAAUUAAGUCCGCCGAAGCAGUUAGCGAAGGAGACGCAAGACGAAUCAAUGCCUGAUAAAAUCAGCGAUAGCUCAGCAAAUAAAGAAGAAAAACCAAUGCAGCAAGAAAAGCAAACGGUCGAUUCGAUAGAUGCAAAUCAAUCGCAGGAAAAGAAACGCAAGCAGAAGAAAAAGAAAGUAGAUAAAUCAGUGGGAGACGAAAUCGACAAAGCGCUUAAAGAGAUCGAAGAUAUGGAUAAGCAGAAAGCAAAAAUUCAGAAAGAUAAGCCUAAAGAACAAAACAAGGAACAAAACAAACCUCAUGAUUCGGUCAAUGAGACGCCCGAAAAAUCUAAAGACGAAGCCAACAAAAAACAGAGCAAGUCUGGCGAAAAGUCCAAGAAAUCAGAAAAAUCGAAAGAAAUAACGAAAGUAAAAGAAAGUACGUCUAUUGAACAAGUAACAUUGCCGCAGAUCAAAGCAGAAGAUCAAAAUAUUCCAAAAGAUGAGAUUAAAGAAUCAGAGAUUAAAAAAGAUAUAAAAGAUGUAAAAGCUUCAGAUUCCAAAAACGAAGAAGAAAUCCGAAAAGAGAUUCCCGAGGAAAUUUUGAAAGAGCAAAUUUCUCAAGCCGGUAAAAGUGUCCAUAUCAAUUCCGACAAAUCCGACACUAAAACAAAACGUAAGAACAAACCAGGUAAGAAUACAAAAGACAAGGAACAAAGCGGAGAAUCUUCGGAGAACAAAGUUCAGCAGCAAUCUGAUAUUUUGAGUGAUAAGAGAAAAGAUAAAAUAAAUGUUAUCAAUGAAAGCAGCGUGGCAGAGAUCGUAAACUUAUCAGUUACUCCAAAAAGCGAGUCGGAAAGCACAGACGAAAAACUAAGCACGGCUACGAAGAAUGAAAGCAUGAAAAAGCAGAAAGAUGCUUCGAAGAAAGAGAAGAACAAGACGAAAUCGAAGGAGUUAAAACUGGAAACUAAAAAUAAUAAUAAAAAUCAAGAGAAACUCGAAAACGGUACCAAAGAGAUAGUUGACGAUAAAUCUCUGAAAUCAAUUGAGCCAGUAAUUGAGAUUGAAAUCAAAGAUUCUAAAUCAAAGGCACCGGAAACCGCUAAUGAAGUAAAUGGCAACGUGAAGGACAAAACUAAUUCUCGAAGAAAAGAUAAGAUUUCUAAAAAUAAAGUAAAAUCUGAGACCGCUGUCGAUCGUACAUCAUCGAUAAUUCCGACAAGCAAAAUUCCAGAUGAGACCGAAACGAAUCUAAAUGAUACAGAAAAUCUUCCAAAGAAAGAAAUUCUUCCAAAAGCGGAACAGAAAGCAGAAAAAUCCAACGAAGUUAAAUUUGUGGAAACGACAAUGAUAAUUACUGAUAAAACCGAUCUGAAAGAAAUUCCAAAAGAAUUGCUGCCUGAAACAGUUCAACAAACACCGGAAAUAAUACAAACUGAUAUUGCGUGCCAAAGUGAUAAAACGGAACAUGACGAAACUAAAGUUGAAAAAUCAACAGAACGCAAAGAAGCGAAAGAUCACCAAACGGAUACCGAAUUAAAAACGACAAGCUCUACAGUCGAGAUUUUAGAAAUUGCAGAUACGAUUGAUGAGAAUAAGGCUAUUAAUAAAGAGAUAAUUGAGACAACUGAGAAACAAGAGGCGGAAAAACGUCAGAUGAAAACGAAAAAACAGAAAAAAUCCGAAAAAGCAAAAUCUAAUGUUCAAGAUAAAAUAAAAAAGGAUGUCGAAACACCGCAGACCGUCGAAAGCAAAAAUAAAUCUGCCGGAGAGAAAGAUGAACUUAAUGUCGAAUCUUUAACUGCGCCUACAGUAGAAGCGUUCGUCCAAGAGGAAUCUGCGGAACAAUCCGAUUUGGCAGAACAGCAUAUAUUAGUAUCUAAUAGCAGUUGUCCCAUUCAAUCAAAAACGGAUGCUGAAAAUAAAACAGACGAGAGAGAGGACGCAGCACGCGGCCAAGUCAACAAACGUGCGCCAGAAACUUCCUCUAAGAGUAAGAAAAAGAACAAAUCGAAAGACAAAGUUAUCACUCAAUCCACCGCACCGACGCAUAAUAUAAAAGCCACGGAGGAAUCUAAACCGAAAGAUGUGCUUGAAACUGCAAUUGUAGAGCCCGUUGCAUCAAUAAAGGAAGACAUAUCUCGCAAUGAAACUGCAGAGCGCAUCGAAGAUGCUGCUAAAGCGGUGUCCGCGUUGGCUGCAAAAACUAUAUCAGCGCUAGAAACAGAAUUAAUUUCCACGACGCCUGAAAAUGUAACUGAAAUCAUUUCCGUUACAGAAACUUCUCCUAAAAUAUCUGACGUUUCUCCGAAAACGAGUGAUAUCGCUACGAACGUGGAAGAAAAAUGUCAGAUUAUUGAAAACGGAAAACCCGAGCAUUCUAAACGAGAAGCAAUUGUUGAAGAGAUUAAGACCAAUGUGAUCGAUCAAGAAUCUUUAAUAAAAAAGCAAGAUGUCGGAAAAUCGAAAGAUCUUGCAUCCAAAGAAAGAAGACAGAAACGCACGAAGAAGAAGGACCUGUCUUCCAAACAUAUAAUUGAACAGACGAAAGAUUCCUCUUCCCGCGAUGAUAACUUCCAACAGGAAAUCACUCAGGACAGUUCAGCGAAAAGAGAAACAAUUCCGGAGCCUGCAACUUGCGCAGUGGAUCAAAAGUCCGAACAAGAAAAUCUGAGCACGGAACAAUCGUUGCCUGCACAAAUUGAUAACGCCGAAUCGGAAAAAGCGCAACAAUCGCAGAAAAUAAUUGAAAUUGAGUUUAAUCCCAAAGCUUCGAGCGAUUCGGUCGACGAGGCUCGAGUACGCGGAAGGCUCGAGGAAGAUACCACUUUAAAAUCCGAGCAACCGUCUUCGAAAGGGAAGGCUUUGAUCAUAGAGAAGACGGUUACCACCGUAACAACGACCACUAGCGUUCCAGGAUCGGUGAAAGUCAAGCCGACCGACGUGAAGUCCGUUAAAUCGGUGGAGAUUUUAGAAAACAUACCCCUACCCAAAAUUGUAAGCUCCAAAGUUACCGAGUUGAUCACUUUGCGUCCCGAGACCGUAGAGGCUAGUCUUAUCACUACUUAUGCUAGGGUGCCGAACGAUUCUCCCGUUAGUAGCUGUCCGGUGCAGGCGGCGGAUUCUCCAAAAGUAGGUUUAACCUCCCCCGCGGUUUCCACCGAGAACAUCGUGACGAUCGACGAAUCGGUCCUGUUCGGUAGCGUGCAGGAUAGAAGGAAGGUUUGUCCGGGCGUUUCAGAGAGUCGCGAUGCGCCGGUGAUUCCUGCAUUCGAGGAGAGGAAAGGAGACGAUAAUACGACGUCAUCGAAUAAACCCGUAAUUGAACAGGCAAAUCAAUUACAAGCGGAAGUUCCUGAGAAAGAUGGUGCGAAAAAGGAAGAGAUACUUGAUACUCUUUCGCAAAACGAAAAUAUUAAUGACUCUAUUGAAAAAGAUAUUAUCACAUUGACCGAUAACAUUAAUCAAGUCGUGUCAAACAUUCAAGCCGCAAAAGAGGAAAAACGAAUGGAUAAAGUCAAAGUUAAUGAGACGAAAUGUGAAAGUGCAUCCACGAUCGACGAAGAAAGAAGCAAAAAUAUAUCCGAAAGUGUGAAAACAGAAAAGCAAAUAGUACCUGAUCAUUUAUUAGAACUUGUUAAGCCUUACGCUUUGGAUCGCCAUGCUUAUAAUUACGCAGAGAGUAAUUUUUAUCGCUACUUCAAAAUCGUGAAAACGGUAAAAGAGCCGCAGCCGCCUGCCACGUCAAUUCUGACGAGACCAGAGAGCAUAGAGAGAAUUGUACAAGAAUCGGUGAUGAAGCCCGUGGAGCCAGCGAGUCAAAGAAUGCCUGAAGUCGAUUGCAGGAGGCACGCUCUUAUCAUAGAAGCGCCGAAAUAUCCAAUCGUCAAUUUUUACGAAUUUGAAUCGCAAUGGGUCAAAGCUAAAUCCACCCCCGAAACAUCUAUAUCUACAGCAUCUGAUGAUUCUGAGAUAUCAAGGGAAUCUGUAAUUAAAAAAUCUAAAGAAAUUGUCGAAGAAAAAGAAACAGCAAGUGCAAUAUCCGAUCUUAAAGAGGAUGCGGCGUCGAUUAACGUCGAUCGGCUUGAAAUAACAGAAACAAAUGAGAAUUUAGUAUCAAAUGCGUCAGUAACAAUUGCGGAAGUACAAUGCUCAGAAAAUACCUCUAAUCUAUUACUCGAUGAAAGUAAGGAUAAAAAACCGACAAGUGUAGAGCAGUCCGUGCACUUAGUUGCCGACGAUAGCUGGAUGGAUAUUUUGGACGAGCCAAUGGUUAUUGAAGACGAUUUUGACGACACACCCGAUACAGCGUCAUUUACUGAGGUAACAGAUUUAAUCACCACUACCAGUGAUACAACAUCGCAGAUAAUCGACAAAAUUACAAAAGACGUAGCGCCUAUUGAAAACAUGAGUGUCAAUCAACUCACAAAUGCUGGAGAAAUAAUAAAUACACAAGUGGACGAAGCCGUUGUGAAAGAUGAUGUUAAAAUCGAAACAAAACCAAUGUCAUCGGUACAUUUGAAAUCUGAUGAUGAUUGGAUGGACCUUCUCGACGAAGAAAUAACAAUCGAUGACGACUUUGACGCGCCAGAAAUUCAAACAGCGAAGAACGUCACUAUCGAUGAUGAAAUUCAAAAGACGGAAGAAAAGAUUGAAAAGAAAGAACCAACGAUUGAAAUUUUGAAGAAUGCAACUUUAACAGAAAUUGCUGUAAAGGAUGAAUAUCACACUGAUAUAAAAGAUCCUCCGACUUUGCGUGUAGAUAAUGAAAAGCAAAGCGACAAAGCGAAAAAUCAACCAAAGAAAAAGAAAGAAUCGAAAUAUGCUAAAGACGCAAAAGCUAAAGAUCACGCGAAAACUAAAGCGGGAUCCAAGAAGCAGAGUGACGUGGAAAUUAAACCCGAUGCUACUGAAAGCGAUUUAACGCCCGCACAAAGCAACUUAGACAAACACAAAAUAUCGGAAGUUGAUUCUAAAACGAAGGAAAUAGAGAAAUCUUCGAUAGUGAACAAACAACAGACUGAAUCGCCCAAGGAUUCGGAAUCAAAAUCUCUUCCAGGUGAAUCCGUCUUAAAGCAAAAGACGCACGAAACAAUUAGCGAAACGCAUGAGAAACCGUCCGUAAAACACGAGGAGCAUAAACCGAAAUCUAGUAAGAAAUCCAAGAAGCAAAGCGAGAAGUCUGAGCCCAUCCAAGAGAAAUCAGCUAAACGCGAAAGUAAAGUAAAGGAAGACAACGAUGCGCUUGCCUCUAAAGCGACGGAAAUUAAAUCAAAUGUAUCCGAAGGAUCGAUUGUGCAAGAAUUAAAAGAUGACGUGCCCACGUACGACAGUCGAUUAAAUCCGAAUACCAAAUCGUGGGCGGCCAUCGUUGGUACGAAAGGUACAACGGAGAUAGCUGCUGUUUCGAAAGACGAUUCUCCGACAUCCAUCACUACUUGUCAAGAUACAACAGAUAGCGUCACGAACGUUAUAACACAGCCAUCAAUCGAUUCGUGUGAAAUUCCAGUGAAACAAGAACCGCACGUGAUAAGUUUACCUCCGGCAGAAAAGCAAAUAGACAACAAUAUUAUCGAAGAGAAAGAAUUAAAGGAAUUAAAAGCAGCUGCGACGGAUGAGAUCGUCAAGCCGAUCGUAGAAAAAUCUAUUGAAUCGCCGAAGCAGCUCAAAGAUGGGAACAAAUCUUACGCGCAAGUCGCAGCCUCUUCCCGACGAACUCCUCCGCAAGUUUCUCAAGAGGAAAUAUAUUUAAUUAAACCUAUUCCGCUGAAAUCUGAUCAUAAAGUGAUCGAUGUAAGAACAUCUGCUGCCAACAAGGCGUGCGAAAGUUUGAAUGCAGAAAAAUCGCAAAGUCCAGUCGAACGAGACAAUCAACAAAUUGAUAAAACAGCGGUACAGCAAUUGCCCGAUCACGAAACGACGACUGCAAAAUCCGCUCCUCAGAAGGAAUUAAUUUCUUGGGUGGAAGAAGUGGAGGAAGAGGCAUCGGCCAUUCCACCCAAUCCUAUUAGUCCGCCUGUCGAAAUCAAAGAUAAUGAAACGCACGCAACAUUGGAAGCAAGUACGUGGGCCGCGAUAGUCGGUAAAAAGUCUGUGGAAUUGCCAGAAAUUAAUAAUACUCGUAAUCUCGAACAAAAUCUUCGUAAACCGGAGCAAACUGGUGAGCAACGGCCUCCGACGCAGGUCAAGAUUUAUGUAGAGGAGACUCCUGAACAAGAGCCUAUAGAAAAAUUGGUGCAAGUAGACAAACAAGGUUUUAUAGAAUUUGUAAAUCGAAAGGAAUUGCGAUCGAGACGUUCGAGAUCGCGUUCUCGUAGUGCUAGGCGAGACGACGGACACGCAAUCGCAGAAAUCUCAGAUUCGAUUAAAGACAAAGAGACAAAAACGUUAGAUGCAGAAUCUCAAAGUAAUGAAAAUGAGAAUAAGCAACCUGUACAAAAACACGAGGAUGAACAAAAAACAGUUGACGCAAAGAGCGACGAGUCGGCGAAAACUAAAGAGCGUGAUGAGCGAGAAAUUGCUGUAGCGUCUGAAAAGACAACUGCAUCUAAAAGUAAAGAUAAAGCCAAGCAGAAAAAAGACGCGAACGAACGUAAGAAGGAAAAUAAAAGACAACCUUCGGAGAGCGAAGCUCUAAGUGCUGAGGGUGAAAAUAUUCGAGAAACAAAACCCGAGGAUGAAACACCUAAAGGCAAGAAGAAUAAAUCUAAAAAGAACAAAUCUGCUAAGGAUCAAGUGAAACAACAGACUGAAAUUAAUGAACAGAAGCAAAUGGAAAAACCGAAAGAAGUUGAAAAGUCUGCAAAUGAAAAUAAAACAUCUGGUGAGAUUCCAUUAGAAAACGCCGCGACUGAAAGUCAAGAAGCUAAAAGUAUUCGCGAUCAACCAACUAAAGAGGCAAAGUUAAUUAAUGAUACAGAGAAUGCACAAGAAAAGGGUAAAGAUGUGGAAACGCCAGUCAUGGAACACAGUAAUGUUACGAGAUCUAAGAAGAAGUCGAAAAAUAAAAGGGGAAAAGUCGUGCCUGAGCCGCUUGAAAAUAUUCCUGACACAUGUAAAACGACAGUUAUAGCUGGAGAUUUCGACGGGAAAAUAGAAUCACAAAUGGAACCAAAAUUAGAUGACGAAAUAAAAAUAAAACUCACGGAAGCAAUUACUACAAAUAUAACGUACAACGCAUCAGCAGAUGCAGAAAGUGAAAAAACAGAGAAAGCGAAUAGACAAGAAGAUACUGUGUUUGAAACUGCAGAAAAAAAUGUUGAACAGACGAUAAUCGAAGAACCGAAAGAUAUAGAAGCAUGCAAGGAAUCUCAUCAGGAAAAAACGGAAGAAAACGUAGCGGAACAAAAAGAAAUUCUUAAACCCACGAAAUCGGAGAAACGAAAACAGAAGAAAAAGGCGAAAACUUUCCCGCGAAGCGAAAUAACUGAAAAGAAAGAAAUUGAACAUGCGAAAGAAGACGUUGCUCAAGAUGAAUCAAUUGAUCAAUCCAGUGAGAAAAAUAUUGUUGAACACAUCGAAAUCGAUGAGACAAUUAAAGCGACAGAAGAAAGCGUAAAUAUUGCUCCAUCGAAAGAUAAACUAGAUACGUCUCAAUUAAAGGAGGAUGAUAAAUCGAUAAUUGAAAUACAAACCGUACAAACAGAGGAAAUUAAGAAAUCCGACGCUACAAUCGAAAAUAAAACAUCACUUCCACAAAUAACUCCGACAGGAGACAAGCAAAAACACAAAAGCAAAUCCAAAUCGAAAAAAGAGAAACGACAAGACGAUAAAACCAAGUCUCUAGAUUUUACGGCUGACUCUAAGAAUAUCGAAACUCCAUCCGUUGCGGAAGACACUGAGAUUAUUAAUGUCUCUAAAGACGUAGUAACAUGCAACAUCACAGAGGCCGAAGAGAAAAAUGUUGAGGAUGAAAAAUUGGAUGACAGGCCAACUGAAAUUUUACAGUCUCCAAAAGACGUAAUCAACAAGAUCGAUUUCUCUGCUACCGAAUCAGAAUCACUUGUGUCUCCCGCAGAAAAGAAAAUAGAUGAAGAGCCGAUAAUUAAAAUCAAGGACCCGCUGCCAUGCGAAAAGAAAUCUAAUCAAAAACAGGAUACCAAGACCGAUGAUAAAGUAGAAUCUGAGCAACAAAAAGAUUUGACAAAAUGCACGAUGGAAAUUACUACUGUUACAGAUAAAGAAGUAUCAAUUGCAAACGAAACGAUUAAGUCUCCCGAAAAUGAACAGAUCGCUGAGCAAAAAGAAAAUCUCAAAUCCGAAGAAGCUGCUUUGACAGUGGCCGACGCAGAACAGACUGCGUUGCCUCAAACAGAAGAAAUCAAACCUAAAUCCGACGAUACUUUAGAUACAUCCAGUCAAAUUAACGACAUUCACACGCAAAUAGAGUUAUCAAACGACUCGACAAACAUAGCAAGCAUAAAGCACUCUCCACCGUUGGAUAAAUUAUCUUCAGCUGCGGAACAAUCAUUCGAAGAGGACAAAUUGAGGCAUGCCGCGAGUGUCGAUGAAGAGAGCUUCGAUAGUUCGAUCGAACCUCCCAAAUCCAAAGUACAAUUCUACAUAGCGGAUGAAAUCUUAGUCCUGAAUCCCGAGAGACGGAAGGACACCGUUCCGCCGGUGUCGCUCGUCCAGGAAAAACCACCUACGACCGAUUUGCGUAAUUCGCAAUUCCUCUCCAUCGACGAUGGUUUCUGGCCCGACAAACGACCUUAUCACGAAGCCGAGCGCGAUCACUUCGAGAACUUAGCUCUACACGCGAAAAGGAGUCUCUCGCGCGAACACGACUUCGACGAUCGUCCGCGCGACGACGAUCGCGACGGCGACGAUUCGGGCGGCGGCGGCGGCGGUAGAUCGCGGGAUUCUUGCGGAAACUCGUGUUUCCUCCCGGGCACACCUCAAACGGAGCGUAUGGUGGCCGAUCUGCCCGGCGGUAUGUGUAGCUGGAGCGACUAUAGCACCUAUCUGUCGAGCGAGAGCGAGCGGACGCCGGAUCGCAGUCUGCCGCUCGGCGCGAUCGAGGAUCCAACGAUCGAUUCGGGAUUGUCAUUGGAUCACUCUCUGCCGAGCGACGCCCAGCCACCCGACCUCCUCACCUCGCCGUCCUCCUCUUCCCGCGAACCGCAAACCAAGUCAUGCACGGAGCCGCUCGCCGAAGUAAGUCCGAGAGAACGUCCUGCGGUCGCUGCUUCGAGCAGCCACAAAAAUCCCGAUCAUCCCAGCACUUGCACCCAAUCGUCGACCUACGCCCAUCUUCGUCCACUAUCCAAACUGCAUUUAGGUAAAGAGACGAGGGAGGGAUCCGUGCGACGAGGCAGCCCGAACGGGGAGGUGGAGAGAGAUACGGCCGAAGACGGGGCUGAAAGAAGGAUACGCAGGAUCCAGGAUACCGUCGAGGAGAGUCUCGUUUCUCUGCAAGCAAGACUUUCGAAUCUCGAAGGAACGAUGAGUUAUUUGCCUCAGGACAGCGUAGAGUCUAUGCUGUCGUCUCUCAUGGCUGUAUUGACGGAACUUGGCGCCUACGACGAGGAGGCCAAACAACUUGAAACGCGAUUACGCGAGAUUCCUGCCGACGUUGAGUCUCAAAGGCUGACGGCGGCUUUAACAGGGAUUCACACGCGCAUUACCGCCCUUCUCGAGCAAGCGGAACAAGGACGGACGACUCUUGAACAAGCGCGACAAGACCAAGAUAGGCGCGGUCAAGAAAUUCGUGCUUACAAAUUAUUCCUCGAAGAGACAGAUGCGUGGCUGAGAAGCGUCGUAUCGAAAAUACACGAACAACAUUCUCUUAACACCAACAAGGCCUUGCAGGAAGAAUUAACGAGUCGCGCGCAACGAGUGUCGGAGCUCGAGCCGAUGCCAGAAGUGAGCGCGCUGGCGGCUACACUGAAGGAAGCUCUCUUGGACGUAAUUAAUCGUCUUCAGCAAAAGCAGCAGGAGAUUUGCGAUGAAGAAGCUCAAGCUGAUGACGAGUCGACAGACAAAGAUAAUGCUACUCUGGACGAAGCACCAUCAAUUCACUCCUCUCUGGAGGAUGGCCCGCCAUCUCUGGCCGAUGUCUCCCUGCAGACAGGUCAAAGUUUACUGCUCGACGACGUUGUCGAGAAAAAAGCACAACUCACAAAGCAGACGUCCACGACGCAAAUGUCGCCGCCGACUACAUGUCAUUCUCUCACAACGCAGACGACGCAGGCUUUACUACCGAGCGACGUUCCCACGCAGGAGGCUAUAAAGGUCCUGAAGACCACGACGGGCGAUCACGAUGUGAUCGAGAUAGCGACCAAGUAUGUCCCGCCUAGUCAAGAGACAGCUCGUGGGGAACAAUCGAACGUUCUGACCGGCGAGGACAUCGUCGUCGACAUGAAGUAUCAAGACGCAAAGAAGACCGACAGCGCGACGAGCGAGCUCAACAUCGUCCACGCCGCGCCGCAGUCCUUCGAGACGAUUCUAGUUGAGCCGGACGACGUGACCACCGAGGUGGUCGUCGACGCCGACGGCACCAAGAGGAUCAUCGUAAAGAAAUUACGACGCACCACGGUGACCAGCAGGCAAACCACGCAGCAGCGCGUGUCCACGCUGUCGACGGCGCUCGGCGACGCCCCGCCGACGGUGCAAGCGUUCUCCGAGGCCGCGAUGAGAGAUCAGCAGGUCACCGUGACCAGAACGCGGCCGGACGGCACCAUCGAGACCACGACGAAGCAGAUGUACGGCGGCAAGGUCACCACAGGCGCGCCUACCGAGGGUGUCAAUGUGGAGGAAUACGAAUCCGAACCGCGUUACACGCGCAUUGUGGCGCAGGGUCAAUUGGGCGACAUUAGUUAUCAGCCGAUCGAGGAGGAGAUACUGAUGGAAGGCGGCGAGUAUCAGACGAGAACGUCGAGCGUGCACGCCGUGGUGCAGCAGGUCACCAGGCGAGUCAUCAAGAGGACGCGUAGGAUCAUUCGAAAGGUCAUCAUCAUAGACGGCAAAGAGACCACCACCGAGGAAGUGAUCGAGGAGCCCGAAGAGGUGGAGAUAGACGAACAGGACAUACCGCACAUCAGCAUCAAUGUGGUGAAGAGCGAGGAUCAAAAGUCCUUGCCGGCGGUCGAGAUGGAGCAGCAGAAAGGUACGAUAUCGGAGAUAGCAAUAAAACCGUGUCCCCCCGAUAGUCCGCUGCAAGGCCCGUUCUUCGGGCCGUUUGCUAAGGAUAUGAGCACGGAUCGACAGAAGGCGCAAGAGAAAAUAUCAAUUUUGAUUGCAGAAAAGGAAGAUGAUGUCAUGGAAGUUGAAACUUUGGACGCUGACAGUCGGAAGAAGGAAGCUACGAUAUUUGAAGAGCCGAAAUUAACAGAGGUAGCGGAUGCUACGAUAAAGUCAACGGAUUCCGCGCAAACUGCUAAAGUUGAUAAAGGAGUUUCUACCGUGCGAGAUGACGAAAGUGCGAUAGAAAUGAAACCGCAAGCGGCGGACGAACAAAAAUACGAGCAUUUCCCUAGCGAGGUGAACGGCACCGGUGCACUCGCGAUCGAUAGUCAAACGCCGAUCGAUGCUGAACGAUCCGCCGUGUUGCAGACUCCCGUCGAAGAAGUCUGCGCUACGACAACACAACCGGAAACUGUAAAAUCCUCAUUAGAACCGGCCGCGGCAGAUGACGAACCGGUGGUCACCAAGGCUACUUGUAAGUCCGAUGAUGCACCAGUAAAGAGCGAAACACCCAGUAUCGAGCUAGAAAACGGCACGGUAGAAGUAGAGACGCACCAUGGCGGUAGCAGCACUGUAGAAGCUGAUGUAUCGAAUGUCGUUGUAUUUGAGAAAGAGAAUAAAACGGAAGAGAAAGACGCGUCUCUCGAGCCGUGCGAGAGUAAAGAAGAGAUAAUUUUAGUGUCGCCCCAAAAAUCGGAACAGCAAAACGAAUCUGUCGUCCCACCGAGUGGCUCGGAUGUUGUUAAACCUGACGAAGCCGCAGAAAGAAUUGUUUCAGGAUUGGAAGACACGGAAGCAUCUCCUGAAGAACGAGAAGUGUCGUCAGAACUGUUCGCAAGAGAGAACGAAGACAAUUCCAAGGACGAAGCGCUGAAACCGGAAUACAAGCCGAUGUUCCACAAGGUCGGGAUCUCUCUGUCUGUGCGUAAGGACGACGAAGAGAUGGAACCGCUGGUGUCUAUCAGAACGCAAGCGGAACGUCCCGAGAUCGCUCCUUACAGCAUCGUCAAAGAAGACAUGGACAUCAAUCUUCCCGCGGACAGGGAAACGACGAAAGUGGUGCACGACAAGAUCGUGCAAACCGUCGCUUUCCUCACGGCUGAGAAAGAAACGGAGAUCUUGCAGCAGCAGGUGGCCACGGCGGAGAAAGAGGUCGAGGUUCACAUCGACUUGUCGGAGAGGAGCAAAUCGGACACGACGAGUCACAAAAGUAGAAAAAAGAAACGGCGCAAGGAUAAAGCGGAGCUCUCGGAAAAAUCUGCAGAUUCGGAAUCCAGCACCUCUAUCGCCACGUCGAUCGCUGAAUCUAUGGAGAUUAAUAUUCCGUCGUCCGACUCGUCCAAACACGCGAGCGAGCAGCCGCAGCCGGAUGUUGCCGAGAUCAUGAAAUCGAUCGCUGAAUCCUCUCUGAGUUUUGACGACAAUGUUUUGCCCGAGGACGACGGAUAUCAGGCGGACGAUAGAACAAUGGAUGAACUAUCGAUCGCGCUGGAAAAUGGUGAUCGCGCGAAGCAAAAGAGAAAGAGGAAAAAGAAGCAGAAGGUGCGAUUAACUCGAAACGAAGAUUUGACUCAAGUGCCUAAGACAAGCAGCGACGACGCGGCGUUCACGGAAGACAGCCUCCCUCUGGAGGUGCCUGUAUUGGAAAAAAUGCCUGAAGAGGAUAAAACAAAGGAAGCUGACGUAAUAAUGAAAAAAGAGGAUAUAGAAAAGCGACAGGAGGCGAAAGAAGUUGAACCCGAAGCGAUAUCGCAGGAAGAGAAAAUCGUUGAGCGCAAAGUCGUGCUGGACGACGCGAACACUCAAACGACUGUCGAAAUGUGCAACGUAUCGACUUCGCUUACCCCGAAAGCGGAGGAGGAGAGCCUCUCCACGUUCAUGCAAACAUCUCCCGAGCCGGUUCCGCUUACUUUGGAAGAAGAGAUCCAGACGGCUAGAAUCGAAGAGACGCACAUCGAGACGCAAACGGUCCUGGAGCCCGGACUUGAUUUCAGCGCGCAAACCAUCGCGGAGGAGACUCCGGAAGUCGAAGAUUCGGGUGUACAGACCAUGACGCCCACGGCGACGCCCAUGGAGGAGUUCGCUAUUCAAACGAGCCCAACGGAUGACGCUCCCGCCGUCGUCGCGGCCGAAAUGAAAGACUCUCAAGCGCAAACGAUCGAAAUCACCGUUCUCUCCACGGAAAUGCAGACUUCCCCUGUCGAAGUGGCUCCGAUGAUGGCGACUGAGACUCAGACGGCGAUGAACGCGAUGAUGGAAGUCGAGCAACAGACGACUCCGCCGCCGGCGAUAGAGAAAGUCAUCGUGCAGGAGACUGCUAUUCAAACAAUAUCUCCGGAAGUACCGAAAUUUCUGGAGAAAGACAUGCAGACGAGCACACCGGCCAGUCCGGAGCAGCCGGAUGUUUCGCAUAUAGAUACGCAGACGAUUGCGGUGCCGGAAACGUCAGCUGAACCAACGGAGACUCAAACGACGCCCGAGGAAAGCCCUCGCAAGGUAGAGCUGCAGGAAACCGAAAUGCAAACAAAAUCGCCUGAACCAACGAAAGAGACCACGAUGAAGACGAGCCCGAUCGUCUCCAGUCCCGAACAAGUGUGCGAGGAGUCUGCUCAAACCAGCAUCGAGGAAACGAAGGAGACCAUCGAGGAAGAAUCACAGACCUGUCCUCCGGAGAAGACUCAAACCUUUGACAGUUCGGUGCAAAUCGAGACGGUAGAGCUGAUACCGCAAGUCGAAGAGAGCGUGCAGAAUAUUCCGGAAACGUGUGAAAUCGGCGCACAAACGUCACCGAAGGAGGAGAAACAGUCGCCCGGGGCAACGUCGGUGUCGCAGCAGACUACGCGAAUUCCAACUCAUACUGUUGAAAUAUCCACGGAAGAUUUUAAGGCAGAAAUCGCUGAAAAAAUCGCGCACGAGACGCCUGUUCCAGCGGAAGCAAUUUCUUUGGAAGAAACAAAGACAAAAGAGGAAGUAGUGUCUACGGAAUUAAUAGAAACUCCAGCAGCACCUGAUGUACAAGUACCUGAUGUACAAGAAACUGUGAAAUCUUUAGAAAAAAUAAAAGAAAUGGAAAUUGCAAAUGAUCAGCCAAUACCAGAAAUUUCCACGACAGUUUCGGAAAGUAUCGAACAAAUGGAGGCACCCGUCGAAAAAGAGGCGAAAUCUCAACCUUCCGAAACACCCGUGAAAGACAGUCCAAGGUCGCCGGAGGUCAGCGCGAAGACAAAAGAAUCUACGCCGUCUUUGGUAUCGGAAAAGGACACUACUUCGGACACGUCGUUCGAAAUUCACGUUCACGCGACGAUAGAAUUGUCCGCCAGUGACACGCUCGACAGCGUUGCAUCCGGCAGCAAGGAAACACCCGAUACUUCGCGAGACACCACGAUCGCCGAAGAUCUCAGCAACGACGCGAGUAUUCCGGAGAGCGACAGCAAGACGGCAAAACGGCAGAAGAGAAAGAGAAAACACAAAACUAUAGAGAUUAGUUUACCGAGCAAGGAUAAGUCAGAGCCGGGAUCCAUAUUCGGGCAGCCCGUGGAGUCGCAAAACGGCACCUUGAAGUUGUCUUACUGCGACGUCGCCAAGAAGAACGCCAGCAGGCAGACGUCUCCGGUGGGCGACGACGCGGUAUCCAAACAUCCAUCUGAACCUCAAAUCGAACCAGAUAUAAAAUCAGAGGAGAUCGCGUCGACAAGUGUGAUAGGAAGCGAGAUUCGACGUGAAGAAGGCAUUCGGGGAAUACCGGAUAUUUCAACUACCUCGAAAACAGUACCUACAGUAUCUACGAGCGAUCAAUUUGCGAUCGACUCGAGUCACAACAUUCCAGAAACGACAGCAGUACCUGAAGUAGCGGCGGCGCGAAUGCCAUUCGGUAAACCGACAAUAGAACCACUACUGAUGUCGUCGGAUCAGCAAAGGUUGUCCGGAAUCGUGCGAUCGUCGCCCGAGCCGAUGGACACCACUGAGGAACCACUGACGCCCAUAGAAAUCGAGCAACCUCUUCUGAGCAAAGAAGCCGUCAAACCGUUCCGAACGGAGAUCAAGACGUACGCUGAUGUGAUAUCCGAAUCGCAGAAAAAACCCACAGCACCGACCUUGCCCGGCGAAACAUACGAAAUGAGAGAAGCUCAUCUGUGGAAAGAGCCUAAAAUGCCAUCUGCUCACGCUUUGUCCUCGACUUUCCUUCUAAAAGAGUCCUUGGAAUAUAGCGCAAAGCCGCAACAUCAAGGAACGCAAACGGUGCAAGCUGCAAAAAUAAUCGCUGAUCGAGUGAAGAAUCUACAGAAUACCAACGAAUCGGAUCAUCUCGGUAACAUUCUGCACAUCGCGCAUUUGGAAGAAGUCACUACGGAGAGACUCGCGGAAGAACGCUCGUCCGAUGUUCGCCGAGAAUUGGCGCAAUUGAGAAACGCCGUGCAAGAGAAUGACGUGGUGAUUGUCGAAGAGAGUCUCGUCACCGUCGUUGAGACGAUUUCCACGUGGCUGGAGACUAUCGAGUAUCGAAUCUUCUUGAACAGAGAAUGCCCGACUGGACCGUCUCAUGAGGACGCUAAGACGUUUAUCGAAUUAAAAGACGAGGUGAAUCAUGUGGAGGAAAGUAUUCGCGAACUCGACAACAUUUGGAAACAAGUGGAGCCGAGUUAUUCGGAAGAAGAACGAGAGAAGCUGAGAGACUGUAUGGAUGCUCUCGAGUAUCAAAUGAAAAUUAUUGAGAAUGUUACUACUGACGGAGAGAAAUACGCUAGCAAGCAACUCGCGAGAUGGGACGAAUUUCUAAAUGGCGUGAACAAUGUGUACAGGUUAGUCGAGGAGCAACGUAAACAACUGGAUCUCAUAAUCGAAAGCGAGUACUCUACGCGAUGGAAGCUGCAGGAGCUCGAUAAAUUAGAAAACACUAAUCGCUGUCACAUGUGGAAGACGAGUAAGCUGCUUAGCUCCGCCCGCGGAUUAUUGCGCGAUCAUCCCGGCAAGAUCAUACCCGAGGAAACAUAUGCCGCGCAUGAAACAACAAAGAUCAUCGAGUACGGUAUAUGCGUCGAACGAGAGCGGCUUCUCCAACUGCUCGCCUUAGCCGAGGAAUACGAGCAAACGCUGCAGGAUUUCGCGCAAAUUAUCGAGAUCGCGGAGAAUCUGCUGGACAGUCCGAUAUCCGUGAUGAGCCUGGAGCAUCUUCGCGAGGAGAUGCAGAAGCACAGAAAGUUCUUCGUCAAUCUCAAUCAUUGCCGCGCGAUUCUCGAGUCGCUGGAGGGCAAUCUGGACCCGGAGACUAGAGCUAAACACUCCGGUCUACACGAAGAGCUUCACGGCAGAGCGACGGCGUUGCUCGAUCAAGCGGCUUCGCGUGCGCAACAAAUGGCCCUAGCCGCAUCGCGAUGGAUGCUGCUGGAGCAGGGUGUGAAGGAGGAGAGAGGGUGGCUCCAGGUCGCGCAUCAACGCGUUCCCGAUCUUCAAACCGUCACUUCGACCGACUACGAUCAGUACAUUUCCUUAUAUCAGUCUUUAUCGUCGGACGUGGCGACUCAUCACGCGCGAUUAAUUCAAUUGCUCGACGUGGCGCGCAGCCUGCGCGAUCUCGUCAACAUCGAAGAUCCCGAGGAUCGAUACGGCGAAGCUUUAGACGUAAUCGUGAAACUGCAAGAUAACAUCGAGUCCUCCCUGAAAAGGUUAUUGGCGUUCAGGGAGAGUUGGAACAAUCAAGAGACACUGAUGGAUCGCGUGGAGCACUGGAUGACGAUGGCUAUGAAGGAGCUCGCGACGUUGCGCGAUCCGUCAGGGAGUUCCAUGCGUCAAUUCUGGGAAUUGAAGGCGCAAUAUGAAGUCCACAACAACAUGCGCAACGAAGCGGACAACUGCUUCGAGCAGGCUCUACGAAUCAUACCUCUGUCGGACGAAAUGCUGCAGCGGCAGUUCUACUACGAGCUGCAGGAUCGCUGGAACGAGGUCACCGACAAGAUCAACGAGAUUCAGAAAGACGUGACUCGCAGUAUUUCUUCGGAGGAGAUCUCGUCGAACGAGAAGCUCAAGUUACUCGAGAGAGAACUGAACGAAUUGCGCAUAACCAUCAACAGCUUCCACGGGGUGCUGAAAACGGAGGAGGAACUCGACCUGUACGUCGAGAGACUCACCGUGCUGUUCGACAGGAUCUCCUUGAUCCAGGACGAGAUCGGAAGACUGGGUCUCCUGCCGGCGGCGGAGAGCGAGAGAGUCGGGAUUUUGUUGUCGUCGGCGCGUUGCAUCGAGGGUCAGAUAGGCGAGGAGCUGGACUCGGCGCAGCUGCUCAGAGAGAAGAUCCAGGCUCUUCAGCGCGGACUGAGCCGCUUCAGGAAAGCGCACAAGAGAUUGUCAGCAACACUGGAUCAAUGCGAGGGCAGCGAGAAGCAGGAAAGCGACCUGGUGGCCGCGGCCGUCGACCGUUGCCAAUCGGUCGCCAACGAAUUGGCGGUUCUCUGGCAGGAUCUCAUGGCGUUGAGGCAGAUGCUGCACAAUCUGCCGACCGGCAUAAGAGUGACGGUGUCGCCGGUCGGCAUAGAGAGAGACUUGUCCAACGUGCAGGACACGCACACCGAGCUCGAAUCGAGAUGCGCCCGGCUGCUCUCGUUGCUGACGAACAGACUGGAACUGUGGCGACGAUUCGAGAGGCAGCUGGAAAUGGUGCAGCAAUCUGUGCAAGAAGCCGACUACAUGAUGGAACUGUUGACCGUCCAAGACUCCGUCGAUUACGACAGACUGCUGAAGGCCACCGAGCGACUCGAGGGUCUGAACGGCGAUUUGGGUGCCCGUGAAGUUCUCAUUGCUGAAUUACGUGCCGCCGCCGAGCCUUUGCGGGAGAGCUGCGCCGCAGAGGUCCGCGAAAGGGUCGACGCGGCAGUAAAUGAGGCCGUACAAGCUUGGGAAGGCACGAGGGCCGAAUUGGAUGCCCUUUGCACCCGAUAUCAGCACGCGUGCAGGCUCUGGCAACAAUACAGGGACUCCAGCGCCGCGGUGAAAGUCUGGGUGGACACUCAAAUGAAUAGCGUGGUGAACUUGCCACCCGAGGAAGCAGUCAAACAGGUCAAGAUUUGCGAGGAGACACUGGCGGAGCACAAGGAAAGACUGGCAGAGCUGCGCGGUCUGGUAGCGCAGAUCGCAUCGGACGUGGGUCUGGACGCCGGUGGACCGUUGCACUGCGAAGUCGAGGCGCUCGGUCAACGACUCGAAGAUGUUCGGGAAACCCUGUCGACCCUUGCGGACACGGUGGACGCCCGUGUCCUCAACCAGGAACUCGCGCGCGGCGAUCUGUGCCAAACGAAAAAUUUCCUGGACUCGGUCCAACAGAGUCUGACGGCGGUGGGUCAAGGCGAGUCGAACGAGCAGCUGACGGUGCUGCGGAAUCAUCUUCUCGCGCUGACUCGCACCGAGCCGCAGCUUCAGUCCAUCAAGGAUCGCGCGCUGGACGUGUCCGUGCAGGAGCCGUCGGUGGUCGAGGUGGUUCAGCUGUGGCAGCGCGUGUUUCAGGAAACUUUCCAGCAAUAUCACCGCCUGUCGACGCGGCUGAUCCGCUCGCAGGACGUGGCGGCCGCGCUGAAACUCUGGGAGGAAUACCUGACGCACGUGCAGGACUUCCUGUCGGGCGGCGUGCCGGGCGACUACAACGGGCUGUCGGAACACCGGAAUCUCUGCGAGGUGCACCGCAAACUUCUGCCCGAGCAGCAGAAUCUCAUAUUGACAGUGCGACAGGAAGAGGACCGCGACCGAUCGGUCGCCGAGCAGUUCAACGCUCUAACGAAUCUGCACAAUGAGACGCUGGCGAGGAUAUUGGAACGGCACGCGGCGGUGCGCGACAGAAUAUCGGCCUGGGACCGGUACAGAGUGGACCAGAGCAAACUAAUGACAUGGCUGAAGGAGGUCGAGAGGGAACGACAACGUAUGCACCUGCAGUUUAUUCACCUGCGACGGCUCGAUAAAAUUCUACAGAGGAUACAGGCGUUGCUGGACAAGCUGCCGGCCGGCGAGGCGCAGAUACAAUCUCUUCAGGAACAACAAGAGCACCUGCUGACGAACUGCGACGAGGCGCUGGCCGUCUCGAUACGCAUGGAGCACGCCGCGAAUGUGCAGCGCAUCGCCAAUCUGCGCGCCGGUCUGGAAACCUGGCGAGAUUUCGUGCAAAGGGUACGGAAGCUGCACGAGGAGCAUGUCGAGCAGUCCGGAGCGAUCACCGCGAUUUUCCAGGAAGUCGGCCAGACGCUGAGCGCGGCCUUCCACGCGGGACCAACGAGCCUGUCCAGGACGAAGGAGCAGCUGGACUCGCUUCAGAAUCUGAAAGCUCGCCUGGCCGAGGCGCAGCGUAAUUUAGAAUCGCUCGGCGUCGUCACCGAGCAGCUUCGAGAGUGCCUAAGCCCGAGCGACAUGAAGACGCUGAAUCAACACGACGCGCUUCUGUCGCAACAACACGGCGACCUUGAGUACCAAUUAGCCUUGUUAGCGUACAGACUUGGAGAGCGUUGCGGUCUUCACGGCCGAUGGGAAAGUAGAUUGAACAAAUUCUUGUCGUGGAUGGACGACGCGGCGAGCAGAACGCAGGAAUGCGACACGAUGGCGCUGGACGAGCCCGAGGAGACGGUGAAGAGGCUCGAGUGCGAGCUGCAAGCGGAGAUGAGCUUGAAGCAGCGCGAGCUCGAGUGGCUGCAGAAUACCGGGCAAGAGUUGAUCGCGGUCGCCGAAGAAGCGGAGAAAGCGGCGCUGCAGCGAUCCUUAGACGAGGUCAACGAGAAGUGGAAAUGCUUGAUAGCCGGCGGCAAAGCGAGAGCUAACAAGCUGGUCCACCUGAUUCAAACUAUGAACUUGUUACUGAAGAGAAUAGCCGAGCUGCGAACCUGGCUGACCGGCAUCGAGGGUCAAUUGUCGGAGGCUCUGAUAAUCGAGAAGCCCACGCAGAGGAGCAUCGACAAGAAACUCGAGGAUCACGAGCACCUCAAGACCACCAUCGAAGCCGAGAGCGGCAGCAUCGGCGAGGUAUUGAAUCUAUGCGAAAUCCUGCUGAGCGACUGUGACACGUGGCGGGCCUCCUUCAACACGGACGCGAUAAGAAGCGGCAUGGAAGGCUUGGAGAGACGAUGGAAAAUCGUGUGCGUCAAGUCCACUGAGCGCAAGAGGAAGAUCACGAUGAUCUGGAAGCUGCUGCAGGAACUAGAGAAGGUCAGAUGCGAGCACGAACCGUGGCUAGUCAAGACGGAGACGUCUCUGUCCGAUUUGGAGAGCAAUAUGAUCGAUAUCUCGAAGGAGAAAUCGGAGAAAAUCAUGGAGAAGGCGAAAUCGAUCGCCAAGGACAUCGAGGCGCAUCAGAAAGCCUUGAAGAUCCUCGAGCAGAUAUUCGGGCGUCUGGCCAAAUCCGGACUAGAUCCUGAUAAUUUCAGAUCGCUCACGAGCGACGCAAGGAGGACUAUCGACCGAUGGCUGGCCCUCGAAACGAGGAUCAACGCCAUCGUCUCGAGUCUUCAACGAGAGCAGAAGACCUAUCGCGAAUUCGUGACCACGCACGGCGCCGCGCUGGUAGGUUUGACGCAAGUGGACGUUCGACUGACGCAAAUGCAACAUCUCGCCACACCCGAGCAGAGAUUAUCUCUACGACGGAGACGUCAACAGCUGAGCGAGGUCGAGGAGGAACUCGAUACUCAAAAUGUCACGCUGCGAAAAGCGGACGAGCUGGCUCUGCGCGUUAUGCAGGAGAGCAAUCCCGACGACGUGGCCGCGAUUCAGGAGCUGGUGGACGAAUAUCAACUGCUGUGGCGGGACAUCAAGGCGCGGGUGACCGCGCUGAAGGCCGAACUGGAAUCGCAAGAGAGAUCGGAGGUCGACGAGGCGGUGCAGGUGGAAACCUUGAAAUUCGAGCGGGACACCGCGGUUCAGGUGGACACCCUGCCACGGCUCGUUAAAAUGACAUCGUGCGACGCCUAUCUAAUGGAAUUAGAGGCUGCUCUGAACGAAUGCAACAACGCCCUGAACGCAUUGGAAGUAGCGGUGACGCCCGAGCCUGUUUCCGGUCCUGCGCUCAACGCGGCUGCUAAGACUAUCGCUAAAUUGAUCGGAAGUUGCCAGUCCUCGAUAGAACUGGUACGCCACCUCCAUAAUCUGCUCAUGGAAGACGGCAAAUUGAGUUUAGGAGCUGCUAAGAGUAGCGAGGUAACGACACUAGUAGCUCGAUACGACACACUCAUUGCACUAGCAAGAGCACGUGAACAGCAAAUCAGAGAGCUCAGAUCACCCGUUACCGACGCUUAUGCUUUUCCAUGCGACCACAAUAGUGGCAGAUUGACUUGUCCGCUAUGUUCUCGUCGCAACUGGGCUCAGCUGGACAAUGAUCUCUGGCGUUUAGACAAAUGGUUGGAAUACGCCGAGGGUACGCAGAGCGAGCAGCACUCGCCGCCCAGCGACAUAGAGCAACUCGAAGACGUGAUUCAAGAUCAUCGCGAAUUCCUACUGGAUCUCGACAGUCACAAGAGCAUCGUGACGAGCUUGAACAUAGUCGGCACCCACUUGGCCGAUCACACCGAGGACACGGAGCGUGCGAAGGAGCUCCGCGAUCGAUUAUCCGUGGCGAACGGCAGAUGGGAGAAAAUCUGUACAGCUGCCGCGCAGUGGCAGGAGCAGUUGCAGCACACUCUCAUGACGAAUCACCAGUUUUAUCGUAUCAUAGAUGAAUUGUUAGCGUGGCUCGAGCGCACCGAAGUCAGUAUUCGAGCGAGCGAACCGAUCGACCUGACUGAAUCCACCAACAUCAUAGAAGCGAAAUACAAUAAAUUUAGGGAAUUACGAAGCGACCUGGAGCGCUGCGAGCCGCGAGUAAUAUCCUUGCAAGAGGCGGCUAGUCAUCUUUUAGACGAGCAAACAGAAACCAGAACGCGACUACAAGAAUUACGAUUGAGACUGCAGUCGUUAAGACGACUCACCGGAAUUUACGCGCUUAAAUUGGGAGCCGCUCUCGGGCUGGACCCGCGAGACGUCGGUCUCGCCGCUACAUCUACGUCUCUCGCAUCUCUCUCGCAUGACCUGCUCGACGAAGCUGCCUCUGGGACUGCUCAGCCUCACGCCACCGGCACAAAUGGUGACGAAAGGGACCGAACGGUGCUGGUGCGUGGAUAUCGCUUCCUGGGAAGAGUCCUGCGAGUUUCUCUCCCGAUCCAAGCACUGAUGUUACUGCUACUUGGCGUCGCGUCGCUGGUACCGUCUACAGAAGAAGAUUACAGUUGUAUGCUGUCUAACAAUCUCGCCAAGAGCUUCACGCCGAUAGCCUUUUAUCCGAACGGGCCGCCACCGGUGUAA